GGCUAGACGACGGGCGGCAUGUAAAGCGUCUCGGGUGGCGCACGGGUUUCGCCUCGUCACGGCGGUCGUGCUCGUCGUCGACGGGUUCCCUUGGUCCUCCUCCGGCGUCGUAGUCCUCGUCGUGCAAUGCGGAUCGCGGAUAAGGAGAACGCUCGACCGCCGGGGGGUACGGGCGGGGCACGGGGGGUACCGCAUGGCGGGGAACGAGGUGGGGACCCGGCGAGAGGUCGGGAAGAGAGGCACCAAUAUCGAACCGGCGGCCGUGGUGCGCGGCCGGAGUGCAUUCCGUGAGCGGUAGACGUGUAUCGCACACACUCGCGGACGGACGAUAUGCGUUGACGUCGCUCGAUUAGUACACUGGACACUGUCCGCGGCUAGAGUCGCCUAGAGAGGAUCGACGAGGCCGUGCCAUCAGCGUGAACCGAGUUCUCCCAGCCGUUCGUUCGAGCCCUUUGGGAAAACGUGCAGUUGGAAGCGCACCGGCGAGUCAGCGCGCAGCCGAUGUGCAUGGUGGCGGCGGCGGCGACGGCGGUGGUGGUGGUGCGCGUAGGGUGUGGUGUGCGGAGAACAGGUGUCCACGAGCGCAGCAGCUCGGCCGUGAAACGAGUCGGGGCCGGAAACGUCCGGGAGCGGUGCGUGCGCCGGCAUGAAUUUCGGCAGAAGCCGCGGAGGCUAGAGAGACACCGUCUGACCGUGGGCAGGAGGUCGCGGGGGUGCCAGUGAUGUCGACUCCGCCGAAGACCGGAAGCUCCGCCGGUAACCGGGCGAGCCCUGCCAGUCCGCGGAUGCCACGUGGUGGCAGCUUCCAGGACAAGAUCAGCUUCUUCGAGCAGGUCUGGUCCAGCGGACGGUCCGGCAGCCCGGAGGACCUGUACCAGGAGAUCGAUGGGAGGCGGCACGGCCAGUUCAGGUCGCCGACCAACCCUAAGACCUCUGCCCGAACCGGCGACUCGUCCUUCGAGGAGAGCUUCGAGAGGCUGGUCGAGGAGGGCGAGCUGAACGGGGCGAAGGUGGUCAAGUUCGAGAAGAUCACCGUCAAGAAGAGCGUCAGGGAGAUCGCCGGCACCGGUGCCUCCCAUCAGCAUAGAGGAUUGACCGAGGCUAGCAGGACACCUAGCGAUGAACACGCCCUCGAGGACUCCGCUUAUCAGAGCCACAGCCACGGAGUGGCUAGCCACGGGAGCAAAUCCAGUUCGGUCACUUCGUUCACGAGGUUCCCGUCGGAGGAGAGCCUGUCGCAGAGGAGGGGCAGCAGCCCCCAGCAGCAUCUCGGACCGGACGAUCGAACGUCGGCCGAGUGGCGUGCCGAGUAUCGGAGCUACGGCUUCCAUAACGCCUCGAGGAUCGAAUACGUGCGCAGCAAGAGCGAGUACGAUGCACACAUCGCCGCGUUUAAAGACGAACAAGAACGAGUACAGAAGAAGACUUUCGUGAACUGGAUCAACUCCUAUCUCUCGAAGCGAAUACCGCCGUGCCGCGUCGAGGACUUGAUCGAGGAUCUUAAAGAUGGCACCCGCCUACUCGCGCUGCUCGAAGUGCUAUCCGGCGAGAAGCUGCCGGUGGAACGGGGCCGUAACUUGAAGAGACCGCACUUUCUUAGCAACGCCAAUACCGCGCUGCAGUUCCUGCAGAGCAAGAAGAUUAAACUGGUGAACAUCAACUCGUCCGACUUGGUCGACGGACGACCGCCGGUGGUGCUCGGCCUGAUAUGGACCAUCAUCCUGUACUUCCAGAUCGAGGAGAACACCAGGGCACUGGAGUAUCUCGGCCACACGUGGGGCAGCCAGAGCAGCCUGGAGAGUCUCAGCACUCAGGGCUCGGCGGCUAGCGAGAGGAAACGCAUCAGCAGCGAGAAAUGGAAGCAGGGGGCGAGGAAGACGCUGCUUCAGUGGGUCACCAACGCUUUGCCCAAGGAUGUCGGUAUCCAGGUCCGCGACUUCGGCGAGAGCUGGCGAGACGGCAACGCCUUUUUGGCCAUUAUCGACGCGAUCAAACAGAAUUUGGUGAACAUCGCGGCCAUGAGAGAAGCUUCGAACAGAGCCCGCUUGGAGACGGCCUUCCAGGUGGCCGAAGUGGAGCUAGGCAUCGCCAGACUCCUUGAUCCAGAAGACGUCGAUGUUCCCCAGCCCGACGAGAAAUCCAUCAUGACGUACGUCGCCCAAUUUCUACACAAGUAUCCGGAACCAGGAUCCACUGCCGCCGAUUGUUUCGCGGCUGUGCAGCAGGAGUACGACGCAUUGUUUAACUGGCUCAGCGAAAGAGUCAGGAACCUGGAACAAUGGGAUAGGACCAACUCUUUCCCGUUGAAUUAUGGAGAUUACCUUGCUUUGAAGACGGACGCUGACAAGCAGCUACUGGUGUACAAUAAGUUGCAACGCCUCGUUGAAACGCCUAGUAUGAUCAGCAUCACCAGAGACUCAUGGAGACACAUACAAACCCUAUGGAACAAUUUCGAAGUUCUUAUGUUACACUGGCUUUGGAGCCUAGACUCAGCUCUUCCAGGCGACUUGGGCGACGCGGGCAGGUGGCUCGCCCGAGCAGAAGCCCUCUUGAUCUCCGACAACGAUAUACCGGAAGAAAUGACGGAGGAAACCGCCAACAUAAUAUCCAAUAAGCUGGAGGAUCACAAGAAGUUCUUCCUCGAUCUGCCAGCGAUGACCGAGAAGUUCCAGACGGCUAGAAAUUCUCAGCUGUCGUUGCACGUGCAGCCUCAACAGCUGAACAACAUGGCGGCGCGUUUCGACAGCCUGCCGGACCGCGCCGCGAAGAGGAGGAUUCGAUUAAAGUUCCUGGAGCACAAGUGUUGCCUUGUCGCUUUCUUGUUCCUAGUUGAGACCAAGCUGAAGAGCUGGAGCGUCAAAUACGGCACCGAGGAGAAGGUGCACCAGAUGCUCGAGCAGUACCGGAACUUCGUGUCGCGGAAUAGAAUCUUCCAGGAGUUCCAGAAGGCCUACUUGGACAUGCAACAGGUCGUCGAGGACUAUAAACGCGAGGGUAAUAUUGACCGAGAGGAAAGCCUAAGCAUCGACCGGUUCAUGAGAGAGACCAGCGACAAGUGGAAGAGCGUCUCCAUGGACCUGCGCUGCGUGCAGAGCAUGCUGGAAGAAGUCGUGGCCUACUGGCGUCGAUGGAAUAUCCUGUCGGACGAAUUUGAAGCUUGGGUGAACCGAGCGGAGCCAGCUUUGAACCUCCCCGAAGAAGAGAAGAUGGAGUUCUUCCAGGACAUCAGCGUUUGGAAGGACAAGCACCAACAGUUGUCGGACACGGUCACUUUUCUGAUUGCUACCUCGGAUGAGCCUGUAGCUCUGCAUCUGAAGCAACGAUACACGAACCUCACGUCGAGGUGGGAGUCUCUGUUCCAAGAAGCGAAACAGUACAUGCACGCCGGCGAUCUGAUCCGGAACAGGAAGGAUUACAGAGCCGGAAUGGAGACCCUGCAGAGCUGGCUGAGGAACGUCGAGUCAGCCUUAGCAUCCACCGACUUGACGACCACAGAAAAGAUCAAAGCCUACGGCGAGAAGCUCCAGGUCUUCCACAACGAAGUAGAGGGUAUCGAGGACCUCUUCAAGAGUAUCAGCAAGAAGUUCCAGACCCUGAUUCAAGAUUUGUCUCGAGACGAGGUGGACAGAAUGAUGAACACGCUGAAGAAGGAGAAAGAAGCCUUGGUCAAGGUUCGAGCCUUGAUCCCGAUGCAGCUGCACCUGUACCACCAACUGCUGGUCCAGCAGGAGUCCCUGGAGGCUGGCCAGAAAGAGAUAGCUGCCUGGCUAGACGAAGCAGAGAGGAUGCUGACGAGUAUAGACCUGUCAGGAGGCAGGGAGCAAAUCCUGGCCCAGUUGGACCGCCACAAAGCCUUCUUCUCAAGAACUCUGUACUACAAGUCGAUGCUGGAGUCCAAGAACAAAGUGUUCUCUAGCAUCGUCAAGUCGGUAGACAGCCAUGCCGACGUUGCUUCCGCCGAGGGAGGAAGAACAUUGAGGGAAUUGAACGACCGGUUCAACAGAGUGUCCCAGGCGGCUCAGGUCUGGGAGCAACGUCUGCAGGAAGCCGUCAGAUGCUGGACCAAGUUCAAGGAAUGCGAGAGACAGGUCUCCGAGUGGUUAUCCGUCGCCGAGACCAUGAUCAACGACAAGCACACCGACAACAGACGGUCCAUAGAGUAUCACAAGAACUUCUUCAGCAACGUUAACGAGAAAUGGAUCCAGGACUUCGUGAAUGCUGGCCAGGACUUGAAGAACAUCCUGCCGAUCGAACAACAAGCUCCAGUCGUGGAAGCCAUCGAGGCCCUGCAGAGACGAUGGAAGGAGGUGCUGACCUUUGCUCCCCUACAUUUGAUGAGACUCGAGUUUCGGCUAGACGAAGCCACGUUCUUGCACUACCUCAAGGAGAUCGAGGUGGAAUUGAACUCCGAACAGCAAGCUCUGAUGAAGAACGACAAUGUAGAGAGUAUUCUUCAAAGGAACAGAGAGUUCUUCGUGAACCGUGGUACCGUGCUGGAAGUGGAGAAGUGUCUGGAGACCUUGAAGAAGAUCAGCAACGCUUACAGCCAGCUGAAACCGAACGACAAGAGUCUGGCCGAAGCUGCACAGAACGCUGAGAGGCUCUGGGAAGAUUCUGCUCAGAGAGUGGAGAGUCUGAGGGAGCAACUGAAACAAGUGCCUCAGCAGUGGGCUGCCUACAAGAAGAAAUUCGAUGAAAUGGUAAGAUGGAUGGACCACGUAGAUAAUAACCUGAGGACCAUACUUCACGAGGUGAACACUUUGGAAGAGUUCGAGGCGGAGAAGACGAUAUUCCAGAAAAUCUGCCGAGAAGCGGACAGCAAACGCGAGGAGAUGAAGUGGUUGGUGCAGACUCUGGACAGCCUGACCUCAAAUCGGUCCGACCACGAGGCUCUAUCGGAGCAGAACCGCCUGGAGCAGCUGAUAACUCGUUACAAGAACCUGAUACCGACGAUAGAGAUCACCAUGACGAAAACGGACAUCUACUCGAAGAGCUACACGUACAGAAAGGAAGUCCGCGAAGUGUGCACCCUGUUGCGCAAGGUCCGCGAGCAGUCGAAGGUCGACGUUGUCUCCGAAAGUCCGGAGACCUUGCAGAGCGCGGUGUCUCAUCAAGAGAGCCGGCUGAGCCAGCUGGAGCAACAGAGGUCGAACAUAGUCAGCAUGCUUCAACGAGGCAAGGAUCUCCUGAAGGAUCAGCACGCUCCUCAGUUCGUGUCCUUGGAGGUGCAGCAGUUGGAGUCCAGCUGGAACGACACCUACGGCCAGAGCGUGGAGACCCUGAAGUCCCUGAAGAGCUCGCAGAAACUCUGGAACACUUAUCUAGAACAGAAAGACGAGAUCUUGAAGCUGAUCGAGCAAGCUGAAGAGGAACUGCGGAAAAUCGAGUCGGCGAGCUACUACGACGCUUCCCAAGUGUCCUCCGACCUCCAGUGCAAACAGGACUUCAGCUCGAGCUUGAGGAAGUCCGCCGAAGAGUUCCUGAAGAAGCUGCGCGAAACUUACGCCAACUUGACGGACAUUGCUCCGUCAGAGAGGAAGGAGGUUCUGAGGAAAGAGAUCACUCUGACGGAGAAGAGGGUGGAGACGACGCUGAAGACGGUCCAGGAGAAGGUUGUGUAUCUUCAGGAGUACAGCACCAGGUGGAACAAGUUCCAGGCGAAGUUGAAUGAAUUGCAGCUCUGGACUCAGCAGAGUCCUCAGUCCAUCGCCGACGCUGAGAAUCUCUCUACUACGCCCGAGGAAGUGGUCUACAGGACUGAGAGGAUUCAGAAGGAGAUCCACGAGAAGAGUAAGACUCUGAAGUUCUUGGAGGAAGAAUCGCAAAAGCUGGUGAAAGGUGACAGCGAAAGCGUCCCGGGCAAGCAACUCCGCAACGACAUCAUAAACCUUGAGAAGACCCUGGAGGCACUGAACAAGAGCAUCGUGGUGCAGAAGCAGACUGCCAUGCAGAACCUGGAGACCUGGAAGGAAUACGAGAAAGGAAUCCAAGGACUGAAGCCUUGGAUGGAGGAGGCGGAAUCGAAGGCAGCUACGAUAGGCAGCAAACCAACGACCUUGGCCCAGGCAGCUCAGAUGCUGGAGACCGCGAAAGCGUUUGAAGUCAGAUGCCAGCAGCACUUCCCUCAGAUCCAAGACCUGUCUUUGGUCAGCCAACGAAUUUCAGGGAAAACAUCAGCGUCGGAUGAAGUGGACGCCGUUCAUACACGUUGGAACGCUGUCCACGACAUAGCAGUUCAAACGACAACGAAAUUGGACAAGCUGGUCACCUCGUGGAACAGCUUUGAAUCGGAGAUCAAAGAGUUCAGUGAAUGGCUACAGAAAUCUGAGAAGUCUGCCCUCGUUGAGCCUAACACUCAGACUCCUGAGGUGUCAGUGCUGGAGAAGGAGUUAGCGAGAUUGAAGGACUUUAACAAAUCCAUCUCUGACCACCAGGCACAAUUAAUAUCCUUGACGCAGGUGUCUGAUCACAUCAGUCACGGUUUGUCCUUGGAAGGAGCCACCAACCUGAAGUCCAGAGUCUCGGACAUCAAAACCAGAGUCAGCAAGCUUGCAGACACCGUUAGGCUCCAGAUCAACAAGGUGUCCGACUCCCUGCUGGCUCGCCAGGAAUUCCAGAUGAAGAUCACAGACUUCGAGAACUGGAUGUCCAGGCUGAGAUCGAACAUCGCGGAGAUUAGCGAGGCUACCGUGGACACUGUGGACACCAACCUACAGGCAGUGCACGCGUACAUCCAAGAGCACUCUGAGAAGCAACCUAGUUUCGCCGCCAUCUACGAUGAAGUCAAGCAACUGUCGUCCAAGGGUUCGGUCAUGGAAGCAGCAGCCCUCGACGAGACGUACACCAACUUGGCAAAGAAGUACAAGGCAUUGGAAGACGACCUGAGGCAGAAGAAGAAAGGUUUAGAGAAGUGGAUCGAGCUGUUGAGCUGGCUGAAUGACGCCAAUGCUCAGCUGAGUCACUGCAAGUACGAAGCAGAGGCUAGGAAACCGACUAUUGCUGAUUUGGAGAGAUUCUCCUCGGAGUUGCAGAUAAUAAAUGAUAAGAUAGAGGGCUGGAAGCAGCACGCGUUGCCUGACAGUGCCAUCGGUGUUGAGAUUCGCGACAAGCAGGGCAAACCUUUGUCCGCGUCGGGUUUACUGAACGAUCUGGAGAACAAAGCGUUAGCGCUGAAGAACGAGAUAUCAGCUAAACGCGAUAGACUGGAAAACCUAGGUGCCAGGUGGAACAACUUCAGAACCCUGCAGCAGAACAUCACAGAGAAGAUACUGAACACCCAGACAGCUCUUCAAGAAACUGUGUACAACGUAGACUCCUGCAAGCAAUUGGCCCCAGCAGUGGACAAGAUAGACCAGCUGAUCGAAGAACACCAGAAGAGGGAGCAAGAGAAGGAGAUUCUACAUUUCGAGGGUAGCACGCUGAUGAAGGAGGACCAGAGAUCGACGACCAACAUCCAGGUUGUUCUAUCGUCUGUCGAUGCUAACUGGGAGAAAGUCAACGAGCUGCUCAGAGAACAGAGGAAGAAAUACGCUGACAUGAACACUGAUUGGAAGGUGUACGAAGAAGCUAGACAGAAGGUGAAGAAGUCUGUCGAAGAAGCGAUCAACCUGUGCCAGUCUGUCAAAGGCAUACCCUACGACAUCACUCAAGCGAAUAUCACUUUGGAGAAACAUAAGAAAGCUCUCGAAGUGUUGAAGAAAGGGAAACAGUUCCUCGAGAAGAUGGACUCUAAGGCCCAACAGAUAACGAAGGAAGCGUCCCUGAUGCCUAGGUUCAAUUCAGACCUGAUAGAAUCCGACUUGAACGAAGUUAGACAGCGCUACCAGGACACCUACAACGAGAUCAGCGAGAAGUUGCAGGCGUGCGAAAGUCAAGUGAUCAUUUGGAAGCAGAUCGAGGAGUCCAAGUCGGAGCUGACCAAAUGGUUGACCAACACCAACGAAGCUCUAACCGUCGCCAGCGAGCGUCAGCUUGACGCUGACACUUGUCAAGCCAGACUCUCAAGGUACCGAGAAGAAUUACCAGGCUACCAGCAACUCUAUCAGAACAUCGUCACCAAGAUCGAGCAACUGAUCAAGUUGAACAACGACGCGGACAUGCCGACCUUGGACUCUCUGCACAAGUUGCUGGACGAUCAGUUCAAACUGGUGAAGAGCUCGGCGGAGAAACUGGAGUCGCUGACGUCGACCAUGAACGAGAGAGAGCGAACCAUCAGACAGGAGAUGAAGAGAUGCGGCGACCAGAUCUCCAAGAUCCGGGAGGACAUAAUCAAAUGCGACGAUCUGACAGGGGAGAACAAGAAGAUCCUCGGCAGGAUCAACAAAUGCCAGGAGCUGAAGACCGAGCUGGAACAGUGCGACUACGCUUUGUCGAAAGUCGAGGAAACCCUGACGAAGAUGUCCACCGAAUAUCCGAGCAUCUCUAGAUCCAGCCUGCCCAAGGAGCUUCAGGCUCUUCAGCUUCGCAGGGACGGCGUUGCCAGCCACGCCAACAAGGUGAUCGCCACCUUGGUAGCGUUCCUGACGAAACUCUACCACGAGAAGUUCAGUGCUCUCCAACGUAUGGUGGUGACCCUGAAGGAGAAGGUUGCCUGGUGCGAACCCGAGCAGAGCAGCGACCGUUACAACCUCGAAGUGAAGAUGGUGUCGUUGAUGGACGUUGAGGCUGGCAUCGCUGACUGCAUCGCCAGGAAAGAGGAUACGGACAAUUCCUUGAAACUGUUAUCUUCCGUCGAGAGUGCCGAAACAAUGGCUGCGUUGAAGGCCGAUCGCGACAGGGUCAGUGCUGACCUUGAAUCCUUGAAGUCCAGCUACAGCAAGAUCAAGAACGACUUGGAGAGGAACAUCGCUCUAUGGCAGCGAUACGAGCUGACAUCGGAGAACGUUUUAUCGUGGCUUAAAGAGAACGAGAACAAGAUCAGAGCCGAAGCCUCGGCGCUGUUGAACCUGGAAGACAUCGAGCAGAAGAUCGCCGAAAUGAGCCAGGUGCAGAAGACGGUGAUGGAAUAUGAAAAGGAGUUGAAGGAGCUGAGUUCUCUUGCGGAUGACAUCACGAAAGUUAGCUCCGAAUCGAGAGUGAACCAGUACAUAGGACACCUGAACACGCGCUACGAGUACGUGCUGAAAUUCUUAGUCCAGCACCUGGACAGACUCAAGGAGCUGAAGGACAACAGAGACCAGUACACGGCGAACAAGAAGAAACUCGAGAAAUGGAUAAGCAAGGCUGAACAGACUUUGAGAGUGUUCGACGAGAUCACCGGUCCUAAGCCGAUCACGUUCUACCAAUCUCGUCUGAAGGAGCUGAAGACCUUCGCCGAGCAGAGGGAAGUGGGCCAAGCCAUCCUGAACCGAACCGCCGAAGCCGGAGAAGCGUUAUUCGCCAGGAUCACGCCUGACCAAAGAGAAAUGAUCAGAACCGAGCUGAGGAACUUCAGGAACCGCGUGGACGCCAUGGCGGAUCGCGCCAACGUGAUCUACAAGAAGAUCGAGAGCGACAUGAUGCACAGAUCCUCUUUCGAGGACAAGUUCUCCCAAGUGAAGCAGUGGCUCGUGGAUGCCCAGAACAAACUAGGAGAGAAGCAGGAGCUGCUGCCUACGCUUCAAGAGAAGAAAUUAGCUCUCCACUUGUACAGAGCUGUCGCGCAGGAUGUCAGUGUUCAUAAGAAUAUCCUGCAGCAGCUUCAGGAUCGUCUGAAGAACGCUCCCGACGACGAUGCCAGUGAAAUGUUGGGAAACGUGAUCGAAGCUUACGAGAAGCUGUCCAACGAAGUGGAGGGAAGGAUCAACAUAGCCGAGAAGCACGUCUCGAAUCACGAGGCCUACCUGCAGACCUUCGAGAAGACUCGUGACUGGAUCAGUACGGUGAUCAACGAAGGGACACCGAUAAUAGAGGACUUCUCGGUAGAGAGAGACACCGCGCAAAGCAAGAUCGUCUCGAUAGAGAACUUGCUGCAGCAGCAAACCGAAGGCGACAGAAUCCUCUCCGAUUGCAACCAGCAGCUGAACAUUGUCCUGGAGCAGACCUCGAUGCCGGGACACCCAGCGCUGCUGACGAACUUCGAGCAGCAGAAGAAGAUGUGGGAGGACUUCCUGAAGAAGUGUGCGGCUGCCAGGGACAAGUUGAAGCAGCUGUUCGACCAGUGGUCGCAGUUCGAGAAGAUCGUGGAGGGUCUGGAGGCCUGGACGAAGCAGAUGGAGACUCAGCUCAAGGAUCAGAGUCUGAAGAGCACCGAAGAGGCGAAGAGGGCUCACCUGCAGAAGCUCAAGUCCCUGGAGGAGAACAUCAUAGCCAAGGGAGCCGAGUUCAACGCGGCGAUCGAGAAGAGCCAGAGCAUAGAGGCUGAAGCGGACUUAGCUACCAGGGUGUCCAGGCUGACGACCAAGUACCAGGCUAUCAAGAACCAAAUAAAGGAGGCGGUGAUGCGGUACGAGCAGUUCGUCAAGGAGCACAACACCUUCAACGUGAAGUACAACCAGCUGUUGCAGUGGAUCCAGGACAUCCAAUCGGAACUGAAGAAGCACAGCGAGGUCGUGGGCGAUUUGUCGGUGUUGCAGAGCAGGCAGAAGCUCAUUCGAGACUUGGGCGACACGAGGACGAAGGAAAACGCGCGUUUCGAGUCGGUGAUCGACCUCGGAGAGAAGCUUUACAUCCACACCUCCCCGGACGGCAGGGAGAUCAUCAGGCAGCAACUGAGGAACCUGAGGUCGCUGUGGGAUGGAUUCUCCGAGGAUCUACAGAACACCAUGCAGAAGUUAGACCAGUGCCUGAUGCAGUUCGCCGAAUUCUCGUUGUCCCACGAGCAGCUGACCGCCUGGCUCAGGGACGUCGAACUGGCGAUGCAUCAGCACACAGAGCUGAAGUGCACUUUGGAAGAGAAGAGGGCACAGCUGCAGAACCACAAGAUCAUGCACCAGGAGAUCAUGUCCCAUCAGACUCUGGUGGAGUCCGUUUGCGAUAAGGCCCAACAGCUGGUCGACCAGACUAAGGACACCUCGUUGAACGUCUUCCUCCCAUCCAUUAAGCAACUGUUCCACAACAUCGUCGCGAAGUCGAAGGCUCUACUGGAGAAUCUGGCCGACUGCGUCGAGAAGCAUAACAGGUUCAACCUGCAGGUGAAGAGCUUCUCCGACUGGCUGAACAGCGAGAGGGACAAGCUCGCCGAAUGCAACGACGUCACCGGCGAACGUGUCGAUAUAUCGAGAAGGUUGGCCACUUUGGCUAGCUUGAAGGACGACCAGAUGCAAGGAGCCGAGCACCUUGGCAAGCUGAAGGAACUCAGCGACUCGGUGAUCAAGAGGACCGCUCCGAAAGGAUGGGACGCCAUUAACAAGGAGAUCACCGUGCUGGAGAGCAACCUUCGUCAGUACUUGGGCGAAAUAGAAUCCGUGGAAGACAAGCAGAAGGCGGCGCUACAGAAAUGGCAAGACUUCGAGGACAAACUGGAGGCACACACGAAAUGGUUCUGCGUGAUGGAGGCCGCCUUCAGAGACCAACAGCUUCAGCCCACUCUGGCGGACAAGGAAGCUCGCCUGCGGGUGCUGAAGGAGAAACGCGACGCCAUAAUGAAAGAGGAGUCCAAGAUCGACGAAUUCGUGGACAAGUCUCACAGUUUGCUGCACGCUAGCGGCGCCGAGCGCAUCAAGCCUCUGAUCUCUCAGAUCAGCAACAGGUACCAGCUGCUGCACGUGCUGAGCAAAGAAGUGGUCACCAGAUGCCAGACCAUAGUGGACGAUCAUCGUGCUUACGGGGAGAAGCUGAAGGCCUUCGAUGGCUGGCUCACUCAGCUCGAGCAGAGUUUAUCAGGUUUGAAGGAGGACGAGAAAGGUGGCAACCUGGACGAGAAGGUCUCGCGCUUGCAAAUACUCUUGGCUGAGAAGGAGCAAGGCGAGCACCGACUGGGCAGCUUGAUAUCCUUCGGAGAGAGGAUUCUCGCGGACACCUCUGCUCAAGGACGAGAACUUAUUCGCCACGAGCUCAGACAGGCCAGAGAACGGUGGGACAAACUGAUCGAAGGCAUAGCCGAGCAGCAGAAGAAACAGGACGCCCAAUCCUUACAACUGUCCAACUAUCAGGAGACGCUUCAGCAGAUCUUGGCCUGGCUGGACGCCAUGGAGAGGUCUGUGAAGCAGGAUUCAUCGAUCACCUGGUCGUCUCUGCAGGAGAUCAAGUACAAGUUGCUGAAGAGCAAGGCGAUGCAUCAAGAGAUCUUGGCCUACAAACGAAUCAUCGAAGGCGUCUCGGAGAAAGCUAACGCGCUGACCUACACGGUCCAAGCGCCGUCGGACGCCAAGCAAAAGGCUGCCUCGGUUUCCGGGAGAUACGAGGACCUGGUCGACAUGUCGCAGAAGAACAUAGCGAACCUGGAGACUCUGCUGGACACUUUCCAACAAUUCUACGACCUCCAGAAAUCGUACCAGGACUACCAGAAGCAGCAGUGGGAGCAGUUAGCCAACUACAGCGACUACACGGGCAACAAGGCUGCUCUUCAGGCGCAACUAACUAAAAUCAUGGAGCUACAGGAUGGUCAAAGGGAAGGAGAGUUGAAGUUGAAUAUCCUGAGUGAACACGUCGCGCAGAGUGCUCACAACCUGACGCCGAGGUCUUUGGAAUCUAUGGAGAGGGACCUGGCUACCUUGAGAUUCGAGCACAAGAAGUUCGCUACAGCGGUGACCGACAUCAUUCGCUGCAUCGAGGAAAGAAUCCAGCAAUGGAGCGAGUACGAGAACUCGUUGGAACGUCUGUUGGCCUGGUUGGCCGACGCGGAAUCCUCCUUGAAGAACUAUUCCCUGAAGAACACUCUCGACGAGAAGCAGGAACAGCUCGAGAAGUACCAGGCACUACAAAAAACCGCCCUGUCGUGGGACACGGAGGUGACGGAACUGGUGGCACUCGGGGACCACCUCGACCAAAUGUUGAUCGUGAAUCUGCGCCAGAACGAAGCGGAAUUCGAUAGGAUGAGCGACGAGUCCUCCGAAUUGAUGCAGAUCAGCGGCGAGACCAGGUUCUCGGCGAGCGUCCAGCAGAUCACUUCGCGUUUCCAGUCUAUCCAAGCUACCGCCAAGGAACUAGUGAAGAAAUGCGAGCAAGCAGUGGGCGACCACGCGGCCUAUCUAGAACGCUACAAGCAAUGCUCCGAAUGGCUGGCGAACGCAAGAACAGCCUACCAGUCCAUCAAAGAAGACUUGAGCGGCACUCGCCAGGAACUGACCUCCAACGUGUCCACUCUGAAGGACCUCCUGUCGCGUCAGUCGGCUGCUACCCUCUUGAUAAACAACACAGUGGAGUCCGGAGAGCGUCUGUACCCAACGACCGGCAUGGAGGGCAGAGAGAUCGUCCGCCAGCAGCUGCUGGACCUCCAGCAAGCCUUCGAGGAACUUUACGACGGCAUCUCGUCGACCGAGCGGGAGCUGCAGUCGAAGAUCUCGAGGUGGUCAGGAUUCGACGAGUCGAACGAGGCGUUCGAGAACUGGCUGAGGACCAUCGAGACUCAGCUGAACCCUGAGAUCGAACUGAAGACAACGCUGGACGAGAAACGAGCCCAGCUGCAGAUCUACCGCACUUUCCUGCACGACGUUCAGUCCCAUCAGCAGGAUCUGCUCGAUCUCCGCGACAAGGCCGAUAAUCUUCCCGAUUCGACGGACAAAGUGCACCAGACCCUGCGGAGACUGAACGAGAGGCACGCGGCGGUGCUGAAACGCGCUGCAGCGUUCGUCGAGAGAUACGAAGGGAUCGUCAGCGACCAUCAGCAGUACAGCAAGGCUGUCCUGGACACUCACGAGUGGCUGGACGCGACUCACAACGCCGUCAUGCUGUGGGGCGACACCGAGAUCGAAAGAGUGUCGCUCCAUUCGAACCUGGACCGUUUGAAGAACCUUCUGCAAAGUCUGCCGGAGGACAAGCCCAGGGUUCAACAAAUCAGGAGCCUGGGCGAGAAGGUGAUACCUGGCACCUUGGAGUCGGGGCAGAUCAACAUUCGCUCUCAGAUCGAUUCGUCCCAGCAGGAAUGGGAGAGCCUGGUCACCGCUGUCACGUCGACUAUAGAGUCCCUGGAGAACAAGCUUCAACAGUGGAACGAGUUCGAGACGUCUAAAGAGAGGUGUCUGGCUUGGAUGCGGGAGACCGACACCAAGCUCCACGCGGUGGACCUGAAAGCGACUCUCCAAGAGAAGAAGGAUCAGUUCGAGCUGCUGAGAACUCUUCAGGGCCAGGUCAGAGCGAAGGAACUGGAAAUCGAUGCGGUCACCGAGAAGGCUCAGCAGCUGCACAAGAACCUGACCUCCAGGACGACUCAGAUGUCCGAGCUGAGCAUCAAGUAUCAGCAGAUCUCCAACAAGGUGAAGGAUCGCAAUUCUCGUUGGCAUCAGUACGUGACGACGCACCAGGAAUUCGACAAUCAAGUGGCAGAGUGCACGAGAUGGUUGGACGACAUCAGACAGAAGCUGGCGUACUGCUCCGACCUCGGGGCGUCCUCUCAGAAAGACCUGGAGAACAAGAUGGUGAUCGUGCAACAGCUGUUGCUUUACAAGGAGGACGGAUUUGGUAUCGUUCAGGACAUCGUGGAGCUAGCCCAGGCUGUCCUGGCUAACACCGCGCCGACAGGGCACAAAGCCAUCAACGACGCGGUCGGAAAGCUUCAGGAACAAUGGAGCGCGUUAGCGUCGAAGAUGCUGGAGACGAAGACCAACUUGGACGACUCUAUCAACAAAUGGGCUGGACUCCUAGAGCAGAUCCAGUCUAUGAACAAGACGGUGGACUACAUGCAGUCCGCUCUGAACGACUUCUUGCCCUUCCAGACCACCAUGUCUGAGAAGAGGUGUCAACUGGAACGUAUAAAGGCCCUCGAAGAGAAGGUUCGUUGCGAGAACAUCGAAGUGGACAGCUUGAAGAUCAAGGUGGCCGAGAUGAUAGCCAGUGGACCUCAAGGUUUAGCUGCCUCCGAGGCUCAAAGUAUCCUGAGCAGGUUCGACGCGUUGUUCGAGAAGAUCAAAUCGCUGCUCGCCGAGAGGGAGGAACAGUACAAGGAUCACAGACUGUACAAGGAAGCUCACGACGACAUCAUCAACUGGCUGAGCAGAGCUCGCGAGAAGAUCCCGUCUAUGAAGCAAAGGCCUCUCAGCGAUAAACUGGCGAUAGAGAAUGCUGUGGCUCCCUUGGAGAGCUUGCUGAACAAGAAGGCUCAAGGUGAACUGUUGGUGGAACAUCUCCAGCACACUGGGAAGGUCGUCUGUGCCAGCACCAGUCCUCAGGGGCAGGAAAUCAUCAAGAACGAAGUGAAGGCUCUGACGCAGAGCUUCGAGGAGCUGUUCAGAGAAAUCAAGCAACAGAAGGACCAACUGGAGCAGACCGUCACCCAAUGGCGCGACUACAAGGACGAGUACGAGCGUCUCAGCGACUGGUUACAGCAGUUCGACAUCUUGAUCAAGGCGCAGAAGAAUUCCCUGCUGCCGAACGUCGCCGAGAAGGAGAAGCAGGUGCAAGAGGUCAAGGAGAUCCUGGAGAACCUCCUGAAAGGUCAGGAACAGAUCGACAGGUUCAACAAGACGGCGUCGAGCCUUCUGUCCUCUCACCUGGACACCUACAUAAACAACCAACUGCGUCACCUGAACUCGAGAUACCAGGUGCAAGUGAACUUAGCCAAGGACGUGUUGAACAAAGUGGAGACUAACUUGGCCCAGCACAAAGAGUACGAGGCUAACCUGGCGAAAACGCGCGCGUGGAUCGAGAACGCGAAGCAGAUCAUCAGGAAGGGCACGGAAGCGGCUUCCACCAGCAGCAGGGAGGAGCUGCAGAACCGGCUGGACAAUAUUCAGGAGCUGCUCAGGAAGCGAGAGGAGGGUCAGAACCUGGUGCACCUGACGGUGAACUGCGGCGAGAAGGUGAUGAGGAACACCAGGUCGGACGGCCGCGAGGAGAUCAACGCGCAGCUGAAGGAGAUCCAGAACGACUGGGAGAGGCUCGUCAAGAAGAUCUCGACGACGAAAGUGCACCUGGAGACCAGCCUGCUUCAAUGGGCCGAUUACAGCUCCUCCUAUUUGCAGCUGCAACAAUGGAUCAACGAUCGCGAGGCCAAGUUGCAGCAAGUCUGCGAGCAGAAGGUGUCCAAGGCCAGGAAAGGCUUAGCCGGUCUCAGCUCGUUGGCCAUUGGCGAACGAAAGGCCAACUUGCGGCAAACGAACAGCAUCGUCCAAGACAUCGUCGCCUUCGAGCCGAUGAUACAGUCGGUCACGACCAAGGCCGAGGACCUACGGCAAGCCACGCCGGCUACCGAGAUCUCGAUUAAGUACGAGACACUCAGCAAACAGGCGCAGGAGUUGUACGCUAAGCAGAAGGAGACUGUCGAGCUGCAUCAAGCCUUCAUCGACAGCGGCAACGAGUUCAUCCAGUGGAUCAGGGCGGCCAAGGAGAGGCUAGGCAAGUGUUCGGAGCCUACCGGCGAUAAGGAGUCGCUGGCCAACAAGAUUACACAGCUGAAGGUGCUGCAGAGUGAGCUACCGGACGGUCAGAAGAAGCUCGAGCAUGCUUUGGAGCAGGGCAACGCCGCUUGUCAGAUCGCGAACGAGGAGGACAAGGAGAUUAUCGAGGAGGAAGUGGCGUUGUUGCAGGAAGAGUACGACAGCUAUGUGGACUCGCUGAACAACACUAAGAGCUUGCUAGAGAUAGGAAUAGUGAAGUGGACCGAGUACGAGGAUCAAUUCUCCGAAGCUACCGAGUGGCUCACGCAGACCGAGCAGCUGGUGCAAUCGUUUAAUAAGCUUCAAGACAGCCUGGAAGAGAAGAAGAAUGUUCUUGAGCAAUUCCAGAUUCACCUGCAGACAUUGUUCGACUGGCAGAAGGAGCUCGAUCGUUUGAACAUGAAAGCUCAGAUGUUGCUGGAGACUUGCGCCGACACCAGAAUCUCUAACGCCAUUACCCAGCUGACAACGAAGUACAACGCUUUGCUGUCUCUGGCGAAGGAGAUCAUGAGACGACUGGAACUUCAUUAUCAGGAACAUCAACAACACAACACUCUUUACCAAGAAUGCCAGGACUGGAUCGAGAGAACUCGAGACAAGCUUGGCGAGUGCAAGGAAAUCCCUAGCACUCUCGCCGAGGUGAACAACAAGCUGCACACUUGCAAGGCGAUCAGACAAACCUUGGAACAGGGUCAGAACAAGCUGAGGUACGCUCUCGAGUUGAAGGAGAAAGUGAUCAUGAACACGGAGCAAAACGGCGCGGCGAAGAUCCAAGAGGACACCGAGAAUCUGAAGACGGAGUUUGAAAGGUUGCUGGUUAACGUGGAGGACAUCAGACAGAAAUUGUCCGCGAGGGCAAGCGCUCUGGAGGAGUUGAACAAGAUUCACAGGCUCACCACCGACUGGAUAGAGGAGAUCGAAGGGAAGAUUCAACCCGGUGAAAUGUACAAGAACGAUCUCAGCGAGAAACGAGCCGUCCUGGAGAAGUAUAAGACUGUUCAGAGGGACAUCCAAGGUCACGGGGAGACUGUCGACCGAUUGAAAGCUCGGCUCGCCGAGGACUCCAGCAUCCCUGUGGGUCCAUACCAGUCUACUAUCGCUAAAUACAACGAAUUGAACAAGCUGAUCUCUGAGAAGAUACGAAACCUAGAAGAGCAGGUGAACGAUCACGAGAAGUUCCAGCAGGCUCUGAACGAGGCGUCGGACUGGGUCCGUCACACGAAGCUAGAGCUACAGCAGCACUGCGACACCCACGGUGAAAAGGAUCGAAUCAUCGAGAGGGAGAGCAAGGUCAACCAAAUCGUCGCCUCCCUGCCUCGAGGAGAGGCUCUGAUCUCGAAGGUGAUCCAGCUGAGCGACGGCGUGAUCGCCAGCACAGGCCCGGAGGGCCAGGAAACCAUCAAGCAGGACGUGAAGCAGCUGCAAGCCAACUGGAAGUCCCUGCAAGCGCAGUGCCACGAGUCCCAGAAGACAUUGUCCAACUGCAUCUCCAGCUGGUCGCAGUUCACUGCUGCUCUGGACAGCAUGAAGAGAUGGAUAGAUCAUUUCCAGAAGAAGGUCAACGACGAACAGUCGAAGGAGAACAAGACGCCCGAGGAUCUGGUCCGGUGCAAGAGUCUCGUGGAAGAGGCUGUCCAGCAGAAACCAGUCCUCGAAGACUUGAACGACAAGUGCGAAGCUUUGCUGGAGAUGAGCGCUUGCAGCUGGGCUCGCGACAAGACCGUGCAGCUGCAGUCCGCUUACACCUCGUUGCUGACCGACAUGCAGGGACUGGUGUCGAGGGUGGAGAAGAACUUGUCGGACCACACGGAAUUCCUGAAGGCGAAGAAGGAGAUGGAGGAUUGGCUGCGCAUCGCUAAAGGCUCGGUGCAGGAUUGCAUGGGCGUUGGUGACGCCGAGUGGGCAAAAGAUAAACUCGAGACUAUUAAGAUCGUCGCUACGCGGAUCACCGAGGGCCAACACCUCCUUUCAACCCUACAAACCGCCUUCACUAAAGCGAUAGACACCGCAGUCCCAGAACAACAAGAGCAACUGAGAUCAGACAUGGCAGGACUGCGUUCCAGCUGGGAGCAGCUGAGCAUAGACCUGAACACGGUCCAGGCGCAACUGAAAUCCCUGUUGACUCGAUGGGACGACCACGCCGAGGCUCACGAGAAGCUCAAGUCCUGGCUGGAGGAGACCCAGAAGAGCAUCAAAGACCUGCCGGACACCAAGGGAGAAUUCGGCGACAUGAAGACGAUGCUGGAGAGGUACAAGCACAUCCAGGAGGAAGUCCGAGGCAAGAAGACCGAGCUGGACCACCUGAUGGAGGAGGCUAAAGAGCUGUCGAAGCUCGCGAAGAAGAACACGCCUCUGGACCAGACGAAGGCGCUGCUGAAGCAGUGGCGUAGCUUGAGCGACCGCGUGGACGAGAGGAAGAAGAUGAUCGAGAACGAGAUGCAGGAGUACAACGCGUACCACGCGGCUCUCCAGGAGACGGAGAAGUGGCUGCUGCAGAUCUCCUUCCAGCUGAUGGCCCACAACUCCCUCUACAUCACCAACAAGGAGCAAACCGUGUCGCAGAUCAAGCAACACGAGACUCUUCUCGGGGAGAUCGAGAACUACACCAGCGUACUGGACGACCUGAAGGUGAAAGGCAACGGCCAGAUCGGUCGCUACGUAGCGGUGAACCCGGAGAUCAAGAACGUGAUCGAGACUCAGCUGCAGAACGUCCAGGAGAGCUACAAUUCCCUGUUGAACACUGCCCUGCAGAUCAAGAAGCGGUUGGCCGAGUCGCUGGUGAAAUUCCAGGAGUACGAGAACACCCUGGAGAGCGUCAUGAGGAACUUGAACCAGUACGAGCUGGAGAUCGCGCAGGAGACGGAGGCUCCGAUGGACACUCUCGAACAGGCGAAGGAGAGGUUCGAGAACGCCAGAGCGUUGCACAACAAGCUGCAGAGCGAGAAGACGAGGCUGGCUUUGGCCGUCGAAGCCUGCGAAGCUGCGGUGGCUUGCGUGUCCAGGCCUGGCAGUCCUUUGGACGCUCCGCCCGUGCAGAUCCCGGCGAGAGAGGUCGAGGUUAGGACCAAGCUGGAGGAACUCAUCGAUCAGGCUCAAGGACACUUGAUGAACGUCACGAAGUCCCUGAACGAACUGGAGGAGCAGACCAGGCAGAAGAACGCUCUACGAGCCUGGAUCAAUCAGCAACGAGCUCUCUGCGCCGAAUGGAAGUCCAGGCCGGCGAAGCUGCGAUCCGAGGCGGCACACGCCGAGCUCCAAGCGAUGAACGACCUGCUGGGGAACGUCGGUGAACGUCGAACUCACGCGAUGACCGAGCUCUCGCUGAACGAAGACGAUCAAGACAUCGAGGAGAACCUGAACAAGCUGGAGACGGAGCUGACGGACGCCAUCGCCGGGAAACAGGCAGCCCAAGAGCUGAUCCAGAAGUAUCGAUCGCAAGUGCAAAACAUUCAGUCCUGGCUGGAUGCUCUGUCGAAGAAGGUCGACGUGAUCGAGAAGGGCAACGGCCAGACGAUCGCCCAGAAGAUCUCGAACGUGAAGGAGAUCACUGGCGAGUUCGAGUCCCAGGGACCCGGCAGGCUCAACGAGGUGAAAAGCCUCAGCGAGCAGGUGAUGGACUCUGUGAGCAACCUGGACUCCCAGCAGAUAGAGGAGCAGAUCAAAUCGGUGGAGAGACGGUACGCUGACAUCGCUAAGAAGCUUCAGAGGAAGGCGCAGGUCUUGGACAUGACCGCGCAAGGCAUAGAGUCGACCAAGCAGGAAAUAGAUGAGAACAGGGACUGGAUACAGCUGAAGAAGCAGCAGGCCACUCUGUCGGAGCCGGUCGGCUACGACAGCAAGCUGGCGGAGGAGAAGCUGCUCGCUUUGAAGGCGAUGUUGAAGGAAGCCGAGGGCAAGCAGAUGGUGAUCGACACGCUAGAGAAGCGGGUGGGCAACAUGCAGAACGAGCUGGAAGCCAACGAACAGCAGCAACUGGAGAACGAGACGAAGGCUCUGCGAGGAGAGCAAGCAGAGCUCUGCAACAUCUUGACAGAAGGGAUCUCCAGCGCCACGGCCGCAGCCGACGCUCGCCGCAAGUUCGAGGCGGACCUGGAGCGGGCCAAAGCUUGGAUCAAGUCGAAGAGCAACAACUUGAAGAAACUCAGCGGUUACCUGCCGCUGAAAGCCUCGAAGGUCGAGCAGGACAUCGAGCAGCACGGAGAACUGGAGGCCGACAUCGAUUCCUUCAGCGAGAAGGAUCUGAACGAUAUCUUGAAGCAAGGGAACAACUUGCUGAAGGAGUGCAGCGAAGAGGAUCGGGCUAAGCUGGAAGCUAUCUUGGAGGAGUUGAGCAAGGACUACGAUGACUUGAAGAACGAAGCGCAGGAGAAGCAGGCGGCGCUGGCGGAUUUGCUUCAGGGACGGAAAGCGUUCGAGAGCGAGAUCGACAAGUGUCAGAGGUGGAUCAACGAAGCUGAGGUUGCCACUUCUUCGGACCUGAGGACGUCUAGCAUCGAUAUUCUGCGAGAGCAGCUGGCUAAGUACGAUCGCCUAAGGAAGGAAGCGAAGGAUUACUCGGACGACAUCGAGAAGAUUCUGCAGCAAGGGAAGUCGAUCCUGCCCACGGUCAGCGACGCGGAUAAGCUGGAACUCUCCGAGCAGCUGCAGAACAUGAAGGAAGCCCACGGCAGAGUAGCUGGGAUCAUCAACGAACGAGCCCAGGCUCUCCAGAAGAACAUCAACGAGGCCGAGGAGUCGUUGGCUCGCGUCGCCGACGCUGUGCAGUACAUGACAGACGUCCAGAAGGAGCUUCACGAGCUGAACAAGCCUAUCGGUUCCCGAGUCGAAGACGUGGAAGCCAUGCUGAACGCUUACGAGAGGAUCCUGAACGAUCUCAAGGACAACAAGGCGAAACUCUGCGACCUGGGAUCGGUGAACGUGGCGGACCUCCACGGUGUGCUCACUCAACAGGACGAUCUGAUAAAGGCCAUCGAGUCUCAGAUAGCGAAACUUCGGCAACUGCUGCUGCUAAGACAGCAGUUCAUCGCUUUGAUCACCGAGAUCACCACCUUCAUCGCCAAGUACACGGAAAUCGUUCGGGACAUCGAGAACUCUGGCCAGCCUAUCGAGGAGAAGAUCAAAAGGUACGACGAUGCGAUUCUGAAGAUCCAAGAAUGCGAAGCUACUCUGGCCAGCGCGACCGACAAAGGUCAGCAGAUCGCAGCCGAAGGAUCGUCGGUGGACAGGAACAACAUAACGGAACAACUGCAAUCGUUGAAGCAGCAGUUGCAGGGCCUGAGGAGAGCGGUGGAGACGCAGAGAGAGCAGCACGAGUUGGCCGCCGCGGAGCACAAGCGACUGGCGAAAGAGCUGGCCGAGAUUCUUCAUUGGUUGGAGGACAAAGAGAAGGAAGUGAAGUCGAGGCCUCUUUUGCAGAGAGACCCCAGCAGCGUGGAAGGGGAAUUGAAGAAGCAUAACGAGCUUUGCGAGGCCGUCAACGAGCAUUUGGACAGGAUCAAGAAUCUGAAGAAUUCUAUACCCUACGAGGAAGGCAUGCCUGGAUCGUUGAAGGAGAUGCUCAGCGAAGCUGUGUCGCUGCUAUCGUCUCUUCCCAGGGAAAUGGAGGAACGUGGUAAUUACCUGGAGAGUAAUAUGAAGAUGCGACAGGAAUAUGCCGCGCUCACCGAGAAACUUCAGGGCUGGGUCCGAGAGGCGGAGAUUCGGCUGGAGAGUGGCAAGGACGGACUCGACUUUGAGAAUAUUCUUAGCGAUCUGGAAGAGCACAAGAUUUACUUCAGCAGUGAACCAUCUAUCCGCGAGUUAGUGUCUCAGCAGAUCCAACAAGCGGCUGACAAGAUCUGGCCGUCGUUGACCAACUCCGAGCAAGAAGAGCUGUCCGCCGAGCAACAGCAACACACUCAAUUGCUAAAGAACACUCUAAACACCGCAAAGUCGCAACGCGCUAGACUGGAACAGGGCGCUGAGACCUGGAGAGACUACACGCAAACGUUGGAACGUGUACGAGCUGUUAUCUUGAGGACCAGGUUCACCGAUGAACCCGUCACUACGCUGGCUGGCUUGCAGUUCAACAUUCAGAAGAUCACGCAUGCUCUAAACGACAUACAGAAUCAGCAGUUCGAACUGGAUCUCCUAAACGAACGGGGUCGAGAGGUCCUCGAGUUGGCGGACGCGAGCAACAAGAAAACGAUAGAGUCCCAACUCUCGGAGGUCGGCGCCGAGUGGAAAGAACUGAUUUCCGGUCUGGAAGGUCGCAGGGACGCACUGGAAGCUCUCGCGAAACACUGGGAGGAGCUGGAAGCGCAAUGGUCGCUGAUCGAGUCGAAACUCAACGCCACCGAAGAGAAGAGCAAGCUCGUGGACACGAUAAUCCGCUCGAAGCAGCAUCUGCAAGACACCAUGAAAGUUCUACGUGAAUUAGUGGCAGAAUCGGAGAAGCUGAAACCAAUGAUGGAAGAAGUGAGAGACCUGGCAGGACCUGUUCUCGCGUACCUCGCAGUCUUCACCGAAGCUCCGGCGCGCGUUCUGGAGAAGAAACUCGACAAAUUGCAGGGUUCCGUCGAAGCGCUCGUCGAAUCCCUGCAGAAGAAAUCCCAGAAGGCGGACGAGGACUUGGAGGCGUUCGAGGGGACCGAGCGCGAGAUCGAGCAGCUGAGGAAGCGUCUGAACGAGGCGCGCGACAGCGCCUCGAGUCUGCACGUCUUCGGCCCGGACCAGGACGCCGCGGAGCGGUCCUUGGAGGAGCUGCGCUCGACCGUCGAGGAGCUGCUCGACGCGGCGAAGAAGUUCUCAGGAAGCACUAAGGCGCGGUACCAAGCUAGCCAGCAGCUAGUCCCGAGCGAUCUUGCCCAGCACCUGACGGGCCUUGAGCUGUGCGCGGAGGCGACCGGCCAGGUCAUGGAGGAGAAGCAGCGCGAGCAGAAGCGCGCGAGGACCGUCCGCUCGGACUACCUGACCGACCUGGACGAGGUCCAGGCGUGGAUCAGGCAGGCGGAGCUCAAGGUCCAGGACAGGUCCAUCGAGCCCGGCCCGCUCAAGGAGCAGCUGAAACAGGUGCAGGACGAGCUGGGCACGAUCACCGACAAGCUCGAACGAUUAACGAGGAACGGUCGCACCAUCGCCGAGAACACGAGGGACGACACCGAGAAACAGCUGAUCGACAGCACCGUGCACAACGUCACCGAACAGCUGAACCAAGUCAGGACCUGGCUAGACGAGAGGAAGCAAGUCGUCGCGGACACCAUCGACGCCUGGCAGAGGUUCUUGACGCUCUACGAGGCCGUCAAGGCCUGGACCGAGGAGAAGAGACAGUUCCUGGUUGAGCCGCUCAAGCUCAGCACCCUUGUGCAGGCCAGGCAGAGGCUGCACGAGUACUCGACAGCCGUAAAGAGCUGCAAGCAGAUCAACAGGAAUCUGAGCGAGAUGGGGAAAGAGCUCGAGAAUAUCGGUCAGAUCUGCAGCGUGGGCGACUUGCCCGAGAAACUGUUGGAGGCCGAGGAGGCUAAGGUUCAAGUCGAGGGUCAGCUGUUGGAAAGGAACGCUCUGCUGCAAGAGACCAGCGAGGAAUGGGAGCAGUGCGAGAGAAAGAUGAAAGAGGUGAAGUCGUGGAUCGAGAAGGCGAGGCAGAGCCUCGAGUCGCCGCAGAGCAAAAAGAAACCGCUCAGGGAUCAGCACAGCGUGCGCGAGAAAAUGCUCAGCGACGUGGCGAUACAGAAAACGAAAAUCGGUAUAUCGAUGGAGAAGCUUCAGGUCCACUUCCGCUCCGGUAUCGGGGGGGACAGUCGAAUCGGCGAGACCGUCGACGAACUGCUCGCCGAAUUGGACACCCUUCACGGCACCGUCAAGGAACAGACGGCGUCCUUGGAGGCUUGUCUCACACAGAUCGAUCAAUACCAACAGGAGAUACAGCAGCUGAGGCAGCAGAUCAUGCAGGUGGAGCAGCAGCUGAGGACGGUGCUCAGCCCCACGUACCUGUCCACCGACAAGGAGAAGGCAUUGCAGGAGCAACAGAGCCUGCAGCAAAGGAUGGACGAUUGGAGGCAGCGCGUGAAGACACUGCUGGAUCAGAUAUACGCCGUGGACCCGUUCUAUGUCCAGAGCAACGAGUGCCGGCUGAUCGGGCAGGUCUCGUACGCGGACAUCGCGGCGGGCCGCACCAGCCCGAGCUCGAGGGGUUCUAGCCCGUUCAGAAACCCUCGGGACGAGGCCCUGCCGUCCUCGCCGCUCGCGGUGCAGCUGCUCAGGCCGACCAUCCACAAGCCGAUCGCCGAGCGAGCGCAAGACCGCUCGAGAGCCGCCGAGGCGGACGUUCCUCGGGAGGAGCAGGCGAAGAUCGAGCCGCCGAUGGAACAGAGGGAGCCCGAGGCCAGACCGAGGAGCCAGCACGUGUCCAAGAUGGACACUGCGGACGCCAAGCAGAGGCCUCAGACUAGAAGAUCAGCCAGAAAGGAAACCUCGGAGCCCGUCAGAGAAACUGUCCGAGAAUCCGUCAGAGAACCCGUCAGAGAACCCGUCAGAGAACCCGUCAAAGAGACGCCGGAGAAAGAAGCGAUUCCAGAGAGAAGAAGAGAGCCGUUGUCGCUGAAGAACACCUUGGCGCCCAAGGAGGAAAGGAGAGGCAGGUCAGCCAGUCCUAUCUGGAUGCCGGGGUCCACGUCCUACGCUGACAUCCUCCGAGGCAGAGCCAGCGCUUCCAGAAGUCCAUCCGUGGAAGCCAACAAGUACGCUUACUCGGCGAAAGACGUCGAGACGCAGAAGACCGAGCAGGUCGACGUCCAGCCGGAGAAGGUGGACUCCAAUGUAGCUAAGCUGGAAGAGGUCGAGCAGACCGAGGAGCAACAGAGUCCGGUGGCGGAGAGCUACCAGAGCCAGCCUGAAGUCCCCGCUAUGAAGCCCGAAGACAUCGCUGACAGCCAGAUCAGGUGGGCCGACGAACCCCUGGAAGAGUACAACUUGCUCAACGAGAAGACCUACGAGGCCAGGGCGCAAGUGCCCGAGGUGUACAAUUACAUUCACCCGCCGAUGCCCGAGCUGGUCGGCUUCAUCGGCUCGCAGAUCGCCUAUCCCGUCAGCUCGUACGUGUACAUGCCGACCGCGCCGCCUCCGCAGGUCGCCCUGCCGCACUACGAGCAGCAGAUGCCGUUCCCCGCCGAACAGUACGUUCCCCAGCCGGCCUACAUCCCCGACGCCGAGAUCUAUCAGCCUAACCAACUGCAGAAGCACCAGAGGCAGCCCAGGUUCAAGAACCCCGUGAAGAAUCCUCCGAUGCUGGUCCAGAAUCCGGAGGAGAAGUGCGUCCCCAGCCCAGCACCCGUGACCCCGGACGUCCAGGCCGUGGUCCAAGCGCCGGUUCAACCGGUGGAGCCGGUGGAAGCUGCCAAAUCGGAGCCCAAGGUUCAGCAGACCGAGGUAGCUCAAGCUCCGGAGGCGACGGCCAAGCCGAAGCCGCAGGCCGAGAGCAAGGCGUUCUCGUACGCGCAGAUCCUGUCGCAGGGACUCAGUCCUCGCGCGCAGCCCGCGGCGCCGAGCGCGCCGAGCGCGCCGACCUCGAGCAUGACCAGCUUCGCGGUGAGGCAGACGAAGGAGCGGUCCAGGUCGCCCGUGAACUCGAGCUCGUCGUCGAUACACGAGUCCACGCCGCCCAAGGAGGCCAGGCAGACCAGAGAGUCGUCCGUGGCGAAGCAAGAGAGGAAGGAAGAGGUAGCCUGGGAUACCACGCGGAAGAGGGAAGCGAGGAGGGCCCAGCAGGACCCGCAGAGCUCGAAGAAGAGUCGGCAGGAGACUCCGUCCGUGGAGAAGAGAGGUCGCAGGGCGCCCGAGCAGUCGAAGGAGAGGGCUCAGGGGGAGAAGAGCAGCCAGGCGAAGGCUGGAGGGAAGAAGCUGGUCGCCAGAGACGUUCCCGAGGAGGUCAGUCCUUCGAGGAGCAAGGAGGUCGAAGUGCAACCGGCGAGGAAGGACGACGCCGAGGAUAAGCCGGCCGAGGAGGAGAGGAAGCCGGAUCAGCAGGACAAAGGUGAGGCUCAGCAGGACAGGGCCGACGGGCAGCAAGAGAAGAAGCGAAGGACGAAGAAGAAGAAGGCGGAGAAGAUGGACGACGAGAUCGAGAAGGCUCUCAGGGAGAUCGAGGACAUGGACAAGCAGAAGAAGGGGCAGAAGGACAAGUCGAAGGAGCAGGGCAAGCCUAAGGAGCCUGCGGCGGACAAGGCUAAGGAAGAAAUCGAGAAGAGGAACGCGAAGGCUAACGACAAGAAGAAGCAGGGCAAGCCGAAGGUGGAGUCGAAGAGAGACGGACCGGUGGACACCGUCGUCGCGGAGACGAAAGCGGCGAAAGGAGUUAAGGAGAAGGAUUCGGAGAAGAGCAAGGAGGACGCUGAUGUCAGAGAAAAGGAGAAGGAAGCGAGUGCGGAGGCAGAGUCGGAGACGAAGAAGCCCGAAGUGAAAAUAGAUGCUACUAGCGAGACGAAGAAGGCGGAGGCGAGAGAAGAGAAGACUCAGAAGGAAUCUGGCCUGAAGAAGAAGCAGAAGAAAAAGAAGGAGGCCAGCGCGACGAAGGACACGUCGCUCGCGGAGGCCGCGAGACACGAGAAGAAUGAAGGCGAGCUGGACGAAGCGAAGAAAGCGACCGCUGUCGAUGAUGCCGCGAAGGAAGAAGUUAAAAAAGAGGAUGACGGUAAAGAAGCAGAGGCUAAAAUUACGGACACGGUGCAGGCUAAAGAACCAGUGCCCCCGAGGACUAAAGAUAAAUCGGCGAAGGAGGAGAAACCGGCUAAAGAUACUGCGGAAACGAAGAACAAAGCGCAGGCCGAGUCUAAAGAUAAAGCCGAGGCUAGAGCUCAGGCUGAUAAGUCUAGAGAGCAGGAGAAAUCGAAGCCGGCGAGAGAGAAUGUCAAAGGGAAGGACAAGAAGAAGCAAUUGCCUGCGAAGCCGAGUCAGAAGGAUGCUGACGCGAAGCUGGAAGAACAAUCUCGGGUGGCAGAAUUAUUGGUGGAAGCUGUUAAAGUUGAUGAGAAAUCGGAGGAAGCGAAAGAUGGUAGAGCUGAGAGCAAGGAAGAGGCGAAAGCGCAAAGCGACUUGAAAGAGGAGAAAGGUCGGAAAGAUAAGAAGCCUGCGAAGGAGGCGGCGAAGGGAAACGAGAAGCAGAAGAGUAAAAAUCAGAGGAGAGAGGAGAUAAAGGUAGAGAAAAUGUCGAAGGACAUCGAAGAAGAAGAGAAGGCAGCUAUCAGUCAGCUGGAUCAAGCGAUCGAAUCCACCAUUGAAAGUGCAGGAAUUAUUGAGCCAGUGGAGUUGAAGGAACCUGCGAAACCGGAUGCACAGAAAGCAGACAGCACGAUAAAGGAAGAAGUAACUAACAAAGAAGAGAAAAACCCGGACGAUGCGAAAGACACGAAAGAAUUCAAGAAAGAACCGCCUCAAGAAAUGAAGAAAGCUGAACGUAAAGGAAAGAAAUCUAAGAAAGAACCGGUUGAAGCGAAGGAAGUUUCUGAGAAGGAAGUGGCAAAGGUCGUUGAGAAGCAGGCGAGCUCAGGAAAAUCCAGCGAGAAACCUGUGGAGUUAGAAUUAAAGGAGAAUUUAGAGCCUGAGCCACAGGUUCAGAAGAGAGAGGACUCGAAAGCUACCAUAGAAACCAUAGAAAAAGAUAAGCCGAAGGAGAAGAGUUUAGCGAUAGAAGAGAAGAAACGAAUAGGAAAGGAAGUCGUAACACAGUUAGCAACUACUAAAGAGAAACAGGAUAUUGCCAGUGAGAGCAAGGAUGUUUCUCUGAAAGACCAAGUGGAGAAAGAAGUAUCUAUUCCUGAGACUGUUGUUUCUGAGAAACUCCUAGAAAACGUAAGUCAAGUAGAACAGGUGACAGUUUCCGAGGGAAUCGCUAAAAGUGAUAUUCAAGCUGAAGCAGUACUUAACGAAGCGAUUAACGUUGCACAAGGUAAACCUGAUGUACAAGUAGACAAAGAGAAGUCGACUGAAAAAGUUGUUCCUGUAGACAAGCCAGUAGAUACAGCUACUAUUCCUGAUAAACGUGGCGCAGAAGCUACUUUGUCGAGCUCAGAAGCAGCGCCAAGUACAGAGAAGAAAGUUGAGGCGCCGAUUAACUUAGUAGAAAGAAAAGAAGAAGUUCCUGUUGCUUCCGAAGCUGCUAAGACACCGGUAGAAGAGGCGAGCGUAGAAAAAGCUGAAGCUACGCAAAAGCAGAAGACUGACAGCUCCGCGACCAAGUCUAAAAAAUCGAGCAAAUCGAAGGACAAGGUUGUGGCCGAAAAGAUCGAAGCAACUUACGUCGUUGAGUCCAAAGGGGAACUCCAAACCAGCCAACCGGGCACGCCAAAGUUAGACAAGAGGAGGAAAGUGAAGCAAGAAGUUAAAGAUGAUUUGCCAGCGUCCCCGGUUGAAAAGCAAUUAACUGUUACGGAAGUUAUGGAGAAGGUGUCCGAAGUAUUAUCAAGUGAAAACAUUGCGAUAACCGAAGUUCCUAAAGUCGAAUCCAAGAAGGAAGAACUACUAGAAGUAAAACAAGAAAAAGCUACUACUGAUGAUGAUAAGAAAGAGCCAGCAUCUUUCCAAAUUUCACCGUCAUCUCCGACCAAAAUAGUAUCCCUCGAUCUCAGAAAAGAGUCUCCGAAGAAGUCCAAACCCACUGCUAAGCCUGAUGAAUCGCAAUCAAGCGUAAGCGAUUUAGAGUCCAAGAAAGUUGAAAAGUCGCCCGAAGUUAGUAAAAAAGACGCUCCUGUGUCUCCCGUAGAACCACCAACAGAAACAUCGAAAGAACCAUUAGAAGAACCACAGGAGUUACCGAAAGAGCCACCAGUCUCGAAAGAACCGGCAAAAGAACCACCGGUCUCAAAAGAACCAGCCAAAGAACUAUCAGUCUCAAUAGAACGACCAAAAGAACCAUUAAAAGAACCAGCAAAAGCACCAGCGAAAGAACCAGCAAAAGAACCAUCAGUCUCAAAAGACAAAGCUCCAGCAAAAGAACCAUCAGCCUCAAAAGAACCAGUAAAAGAACCAGCGAAAGAACCAUCAGUCUCAAAAGACAAAGCUCCAACAAAAGAAUCAUCAGCUUCACAAGAACCAGCGAAAGAACCAUCAGCCUCAAAAGACAAAGCUCCAGCCGCCGAGUCGAAGAGAGACUCUCCAAAGAAGAAGUCGAAGCAAAUGAUCGUGAAGCCCGACAAAUCGGAAUCGGAGCCGAAGAAAGCUGAGGCCGGCAAGAAAGAAGAAAUCGUCGAGAGCGUUUCGGACUCGCCGCCCGCGGAUCCAUCGGCCAGCGGAAAGGCGCUGAUCAUCGAGAAGAUGGUGACCACCGUGACAACGACCACCAGCAUCCCCGGCUCGGUCGAAAUGAAACCGCCCAACGUGAAAUCCGUGAAAUCCGUAGAGAUCUUAGAGAGCAUCCCUUUACCCAAGAUCGUAGGCUCCAAACCCACCGAACUAAUCACCCUGCGUCCCGAAACAGUAGAGGCUAGCCUAACCACCAGAUAUGCUAGGGUAUCGGAUGACUCAGCCGUCGCGAUCGCCGCGGUAGCGUCGUUAGAGAAACCGUCAGCGGACGCCGUUAGCUCGACCACCGAUUACGCGUCUUACAUCGACAGCCUGGCCGGCGACGGCCAGCCGGUUCUCUUCGGUAGCGUUCAGGAUAGGAGAAGGGGUCGGUCUGGCACGCCUCUGUCGCCUAAAUUCUUAGACGACGAGAGGGAGCCGAAGGGUUUGCAGGGGAAAUUCAACGAGGCUAACGUUAAGCAAGGUAGGGAACCGUCGAAAGAGGAUGGUAGGAAGUCUGCUCCUAGCGGUGUUGACGUGACGAAGGCACAGGUUCGGUCUGAGGAGGUUCGGCAGUUGGAUUCAGGUAAGAGUUCGGAGGAGAUUGUCGAUGAGAUUUCUGGUGUGAGGGAAGAGGAGCAGAUUGAGUUGUUUAAGGACGAGAGCAGGAUAACUGUGGUCGAAGUGAAGCCACCCGGUGUUGAGAGUGGACUGAAAGUUGACGGGCAGAUCGGGGAUUCGAAGUUCAAAGGAACUGAAGGAAUCGUUGAUAAGCAUUUAGUUGGUAAGGAAGUUGCAGGAGAGAAGACUGUCGCUUUGGGUGAAGGAUCAGCUCCUGAAACUCAGAGUCAGUCGAUAGGUUCUGUGGUGCUCGAUGAAUCGGCUAAGACGGUGAACGUGGGGGAGAUUGUUGGUAAAGCUUCCGUUAAGGGGUCGGUUAAAGAAGAGAAGAAAGAGUGCAACGUCGAGGAGAAGGUAAAUGUGGACGAGAAAGUUCCUGAAACUCGAUCGAAAUCUAUCUUGACAGUCGAUGAAUCCAAGUCGGAUGAAACGAAAGUGGAAGAGAUCGUUGAUAGGACGUCUGUUAAAGAGAAGAAAGAAGAUAAAGUCGGAAAGAAAGUGACUCUGGUCGAAGAGAAGAAACCCGAAGACGAGGAGGAGACUAAUCUGAAGAAUUAUUACAACGAAAUGAACAAGUCGUAUUGGUGGAAUUACCACUCUUACGCCGAAGCGGAAACCGACUUUUACCAGCGUUUCAAGGUGGUCGAGCUGCUGCAGGAAAAUGUGCCUGCUCCUGAGCCGCAAAGAUCGAAGAGCAUCGAGAGGAUCGUUCAAGAGGCGGUCAUGAAGAAACCUGACCAAGAGAAGAACAGAGAAGAAACUGUGGAGCAAUCCGAAGCAGAGCUGAGGAAGCUGGCACUCGUUACAGAGUCUAUUAAGUAUCCUCUGGCUACGUUCUCGCAGUUGGAAUCUCAAUGGGUACAGUCUAAAUUAGAUGCGGAUAAGAUUACAGCGUCUUCCGAAGAGAGUGAAUCUGUGAAUAUUGAAGAAGUCGAGAAGAAACUUGUGGAGCCUCGAGCAGAUGAGAAGCAGUCUGUGAAAGCAGAGAUUGAUAAGAGUCAAGAAGCGAAGGUAGCUGAGGAAAUUCAGAGAUCGGAGAUUAAAGAUGUACCUGAAAAGUCUCUUGCAGGAGAAAAAGUGGAAGAGAAGAUUUUGAAAGAAAUGGCGCAGAAGAUUGAAGCAGAAAAGGUGAAAGAUGCAGUUGUUGACUCACAGGAAAUGAAAGAUGAAGAGAAACAGGCUGAAUGUAAGAGUAUCGAGACAACUGAGGCGAUUCUAAAUAAAGAUGCCGCGAAAGAGAAGCAGGAGAAAAUGCCUGAAAAAUCGAGAGGUAAGAAGGAGAAGAAGAAACAACAAGCUGCGCAAGAGAAGCAGGAAACCGUUGCAUUGGAAGUGUUAGCUGUGGAAACAAAGAAAGAGCAGAAGGUUGAGGAUCAGACGGUUGACACAUGGUCUGAGAUUAUUGUGGAGAAGGUUGUACAAGAAAAGAGUCAACCUGAUGCACAGAAGAAAUUGGAGGAAGAAAAGCCUGAAGGUCAGAAGAAAGUGGAAGGGAAGCCUGACGUUCAGAAGGAAGUGGAAGAAAAGCCUGAAGUUCAGAAGAAAGUAGAACAGAAGCCUGAAAUUCAAAAGAAAGUGGAAGAGAAGCCUGAAGUUCAGACUAAAGUAGAAGAGCAAAAGCCUGAACUUCAGAAGAAACCAGAAGAGAAGCCUGAAAUUCAGAAGAAAGUGGAAGAGAAGCCUGAAAUUCUGACUAAAGUAGAAGAACAAAAGCCUGAACUUCAGAAGAAAGCAGAAGAGAAGCCUGAAGUUCCGAAGAAAGUGGAAGAAAAGCCUGAAGUUCAGAAGAAAAUAGAUACAGAGCAACCUGAAAUUCAGAAACCUGAAAUACAAGAAAAGCAAGAGAAACAGCAGCCCGAUGUUAAAAAGAAACAAGAAAAGAAGCAGCCAGAAACUUCAAAGAAAAAGGAGAAGAAACAAGCAGCAGUACAGGACAAACAAGACAAGAAACAACCUAUCGUACAAGAUGAACAAGAAAAGAAACAACCGAACGAUAAAGAAAAGGUAGAGGUACAACAACCUGAACCUGAAAUGAAACAAACACUGAUGGAUGCUGAAAUACAAGAGAAAGAACAGAAGCAAGAACCUGAAUCGAAAGAAGGAGGCGAAAAGAAACAGCCUGAGAUUCAAGAGAAGGAGCCUGAAACACUAAAGAAACCAGACGACAAACGAAGUCAAACGAAAGAGAAGCAAAAGAAGAAACAACCUGAACAGAAGGAGAAAUCAGAAUCGCAGCAAUCUGGACCUGACACUAAACAGGAGAAAAUUGAGAGUGUAACUCAAGAAAAACAAGAGGAGGGACAACCUGAGCCACAAAAGAAACAGGAAGAGAAACAACCUGAAUCGCAGGAGAAAGAAAUGGAGAAAAAACCUGAAUCACAAAUGAAACAGGAAGAGAAACAACCUGAAUUGCAGAAGAAACAGGAGAAGAAACAACCUGAAUCACAGAAGAAACAGGAGAAGAAACAAUCUGAAUCACGAAAGAAGCAGGACCAGAAACAACCUGAAUCACAAAAGAAACUGGAAGAGAAACAACCUGAAAUUCAAGAGAAACAGGAAGAAAAGCAACCUGAAUCACAAAUGAAACAGGAAGAGAAAACACCUGAAAUUCAAGAGAAGCAGGAAGAAAAACAACCUGAAUCACAAAUGAAACAGGAGAAGAAACAACCUGAGUCACAAAAGAAACAGGGACAGAAACAACCUGGAACUCAAAAGAACCUAGAAGAGAAACAGCUUGAACUCACACAAAAAACAGUGGUGAAGCAACUCAAGGUAGAAGAACAACCAGAACAAAAGCAGCCUGAAGUCCAAGAGAAGAAACAGCCAGAAAUUAUAAAGAAAAAAGAAGAAAAGCAACCUAAACAAGAGAAGCAAGAAAAGAAGCAACCUGAACCCAAGGAGAAACCAGACAAACAGAAGUCGAAAUCUGAAGCAAAACAAAAGAAAGUAGAAGUCGAAGAACAAAAGAAACAACCUGAAACUGAAGAGAUACAGAAGGAGAAGCAGCUUGAACUUGAAGAGAAGCAACCCGAAGUCCAAGAGAAACUGCCUGUCGCUUUGGAGAAACCAGAAGAGAAACUACUUGAAGUACAAGACGAACAAGAGAAAAAGCAGCCCAAAAUCCAAGAGAAACUAGAACAAGAACAACCUGAGACUCCACAGAAACCAGAAGAGAAACAACUCGAAGUAGAAGAGAAGCAAGAAAAGCCACAGCCCGAAAUCCAAGAGAAACAAGAUCAAAAACAGGCUGAAAUCGCAAAGAAAAAGGAAGAGAAGCAACCGAAACUGCAGGAAAAACAGGAGAAGAAACAGCCCGAUGUAAAGGAGAAACAAGAAAAGAAGCUAUCCGAACCACAAGAGAAGCAAGCGAAGAAACAGUCUAAAGCUCAAGAGAAGACGACUGACGUCAAAUCAGAAGUUAAGUUGGAAGACGAGAAACAGCCAGGAGUUCCGCAAAAAGAAGAGAAGGAGCUCGAAGAGAAGCCUAAGGGAAGUAAAGACAAAAAGAAGGGAAAACAGAAGCAAACCGAGGAAUCAAAAGUCAAAUCUGACACAGGAGAACCACCCGAGCCCAUUAAGAAGGAAGAAAGUGUGACGAAAGCAGACAAAGUACCACUCAAUAAAGAGAAUAGCAAAGAAGAUAACGUUACGAAAAUUUCAAUCUCAGAGCUAGCCGCAGUGCAGCAGAAGGAAGAUACCGCUCAAACGACACAAGUAGAAUCAGUCGGAAAAGAACAGACAGUCGCCGAGGAGAAACCUGCUGAUGAAACAGUUCGUGAGAAGAAACAAGAUUCUCAGAUCGAGGAAGCUAAUAUCCAAGUCCCUGUGGAAGAAAAACCGAAGGCAGGAGAUUCCACGAAACCUCCUUUGCUAGAUUCCGCUGUCGUUGAAGCACAAAUAACCGAGAAGCUGGUGAAUGGCAAGAUCUUGGAGCAAGAGAAAGCAACUAGGUCUGGAGGAGAAAGCGAACCCGAGUCUCCAAAGGAGGACAAGGCUAAACCCGAGAAGUCGAAACCGAAGGACGACGCAAAAGUGCAGGCGAAAUCUGGGAAGCAGAAGCAACCGAAAGAGAAGCCUGAGAGCAAAGCGAAGCCUGCGGCUGAGAAAGAGCCGAAGAAGCAAGAGAAGGAGAUCGGUUCUCCCGAAGCGAAGAAGAAACGCGACGGAAAGUCGAAGAAAGACACUCAAGCUGCCAGCCCUGACGAACAGAUUUCCAAGUUGGAAGUUAAAGAACCUCCAGUCGAGACUCCUGCGAAGGAAGAAGCGCAACUGGCAGCUCAGACUCCGAAGGAAGACAUCCUUCAGCCAGUACCAUCAACAAAAUCUUGGGCGUCCAUCGUCAGCAUGAAAGGAUCAACAGAGACAACCAUUGUUUCCUUAGAUAAUCUACAGACUAAAGUUGCUAACGUGCAAGAGACAGUAGUCGAAACUCCGAAGGUUGACAAAGUGGAGCAAGCAGUGGAGAACGUAGCGGAAGAGCCUCCUGCAGCCCAGCAGAAGCCGAAGCAUCAGAAGAAGAAGGAUGCUAGACGAGAAAGGAGCGCAGAGUUAAAAGUAUCUUCCCCGGUGACAGUCGAGAAGGAAGUUGCAAAGAUUCUUCCAGAGAAGCUCGACGAAGCGAAGAUGGACGAUGCUAGCAAGGAAUGGAACAAGUCGUACGCCCAGGUAGCAGCGUCGAGUCGAAGAACUCCUCCUCAAGGUAUGCAGGAGGACAUUCUGCUGAUCAGACCGAUCCCUCUGAAAUCUGAUGAAAUCAUCGAGCAGUUGCUCGAAGAUAAGGAAGCGCCAUUGGAAGAGAAACCAGUUGUCCAAGAAAAUGUGCAGGAAACGAAAGAGGAAAUUGUGCCUGAAGAGACUUCAAUGAAGCCGGUUAAAGUCGAGAAGGAAGCCGUCAAAGAGACGAUCACUUCGUGGGCUGACGACGUCGAGAGGGAAGUACAGGAAGAGAUCCAAGCGACAAAGUCUUCGAACUUGAUCAUGGAAGAGGAAGAUUCACAGAGAGCGAAGGGUUCGUGGGCUGCCAUUGUUGGCAAACACGUUGAACCAACUGCCGCUGCACCUGCAGUUCAGCAGGUUAAACGAGAGCCAUCUUCCGAGCAACGUGCAGCUUCGGUUCAAAUCUUCGUGGAGGAGGCGCCGGAGCCGGUGCCCAUCGAGGAAGUGGUUCAAGUGGACGAUCAAGGGUUCAUAGAGUUCGUGAACAGGCGGGAGUUGAGAUCCAGGCGAUCCAGGUCGCGAUCUCGCAGCGCCAGGCGAGAGGAGGCGAGGCAAUCUUCUGAUAAGCCUGUGAACGUUGAAGUCGCCGGCGUGGAUCAGAGGAAAGAUGGCUCUUUGAGGCCGGAUGAAACGAAGAGAGAUAAGUCUAGGAAGAAGAGCAAGACUAGAGCAACUGAUAACGAAGCGAGUCAGGUGAAGGAUGAUCAAGGAAAGGGUAAAGGGAAAGGUCAGAAGGAGAAGAAUAAGGGGAAACCAGCUGACGUCGAGGAUAAAGAUGCGAACAAGCUGGAGGAUGAGAAAGGGGAGCAGGCUGGUGAGCAGAAAGUUCAGAAACAGCCGGAGAAGAAAGAUGUUGCUAAGAGCAAGGGGAAAUCGAAGGUGAAAGACAACGAGGUUGCGCAGGAAGUUAAGAAGGAUUCUCAGAGUGUAGAGAAGAAGCAGGUUGAAGGGAAAGUUCAGGAAAUUAAGACUGUAGAGAAGCAGCAGAUUGAAGCAAAGGUUCAGGAAGUUAAGAAGGAUGAUCAGGCUGUAGAGAAGAAGCAGCAGGUUGAAGGAAAGGCUGAGGAAAUUAAGAAAGAUGAUCAGGCUGUGGAGAAGAAGCAAGUUGAAGGAAAGGUUCAGGAAAUUAAGAAAGAUGAUCAGGCUGUGGAGAAGAAGCAAGUUGAAGGAAAGGUUCAGGAAAUUAAGAAAGAUGAUCAGGCUAUAGAGAAGCAGCAGGUUGAAGGAAAGGCUGAAGAAAUUAAGAAAGAUCAGGCUGUAGAGAAGCAGCAGGUUGAAGGAAAGGUUCAGGAAAUUAAGAAGGAUGAUCAGGUUGACGAGAAGGCUAAACCACAAGAAAUCGAGGCACCCGUGAAGAUGGAAACCAUUGAGAAAGAUAAGGUAGAAGAGGUUUCUAAGAAGAUUGAAGAACAAAAACAGCAGGAGGCAAAGGAGCAACCUGCGAGUGCAAAGAAAGGCAAGAAGUCGAAGAAAGGGAAGUUCGACAAGGAGCCGCCUAAGGAGGAAAGUAAAAUGAAGCAGAAGGAUGUCGGUGAAUCAUCUGUAGAUGAGAAGAAAGUAGAGGCGAAAGAAGGAAUUCUGUUAACGGAUGUGAAGGAGCCUGACGUUAAGGAUAUUCAGGAUGUUAAAGAGGUUAAAGAAGUCAAGGAAGAAGUUAAGGAGGUCAAGGAGACCAAGGAAAUGAAGGAUGGAGUAGGGCAAGAAAUCAAAGAAGUGAAAGAAGCAGUUAAGAAAGACGCGAAAGAAGAUGUUAAGCAAGAAAUCAAGAAGGCCAAGGAGGUUAAGGAAGAGGUUAAGAAAGAAAAGAAGGUGAAGGGAGCGAAGGAAGAGACGAAAGAUGAGAAGAAGGCUAAAAUAGCGAAGGAAGAAAUCAAGGAAGUAGAGGCAGACGUGAAAAAAGAAAAGGCUAAGGAGGUCAAGGAAGAAGUCAAGGAAGAGGUAGAUGUAAAAGCAGAAAAAGUCAAAGAGGUCAAGGAAGAAAUCAGGGAAGUUCAGAAAGAAGGAAAAGAAGUCAAAGAAGUCCAGAAAGAAGUCGAGAAAGUCAAGGAAGAAACGAAAAAAGAAAUCAAAGAAGCCGACAAAGACAAAGAAAUCAAGGAAAAAGUUAAAGAAGAAUUAAAGGAAGAAAUAAAAGAAACCAUUAAACUUGAAGCUACUCCAGAAACACAACCAGAGAAACCAAAAGCUCCCGAGAAACGUAAAGGAAAAUCGAAAAACAAGAGUGCAGAUAAGACACCGGAAAAGAUCAAAGAGCCUGCUGCACCUGAAACCAAGAAGGAAAAAGAUGAAGUCCCUGAAUCCAAAGCCGACACCGCUAAGGAGAAAACGGAGAGUCCGAUAAUCGAAAUGAAACCUGAAAAGGAGGAAAUGAAAAUAGAAUCGAGCGUUCAAGAGCUUGCAUCCCCGCAAACUCCCGCAGAAGAUAAAGUUGUCGAUGAUAAGGCAAGUCCAAAGGAAGAUAAGAAGGAGGAAGAAUCUCAGGUGGAAGGAAAAGGCAAACUGUCCAAGAAGGAAAAGAAGAAACAGAAAAGGAAAGACAAAUCUUCGUCUCGAGGAGUCAGCGAAGAGAAGUUGAAAGAGAAAACGGAAACCAUUGUACAAGAGACCGUUGCUGCUGACGAAAGUGCAAUGAAAAAUGAAGAUGUAGGUAAAGAAGCUUCGAAGCCGGAAGAGAAACCAGAAGAAACAUCAAAGAAAACUAUCCCUGACACUGAAACUGUUAAAGAAGAGAAAAUCGAAAUGAAGAAAGUGACAGAAACCGAAAAAGUUAGUGCAACUCCUACCAGUGAAGAAAUAAAACUUGUUCCCGACACCACGAUUAAUAUAAUCCCGGUAGAAGCUAAACCAGUUAAGAAAGAAACAAAGACGCCAGAACCGACAGAAGAGAAAGUGGAAGUGUCGAAGCCAACUAAAGAUGCAAUGGAAUUAUCGAAAGCAACUGAAGAAGCAAAAGCAUCGGCAGUGACCGAAGAGAAAAUAGAAAAAUCAGAAACAGUCGAAGAGAGAACAGAACAAUCUGCAACACAAGUGGAUUCGGCAGUUGCUUCGAAAGAGAAGUCGAAGAAGAAGAACAAGCAGGCGAAGAAAGGCAAGCGCGAGGAACCAGAGUCUCCGAAACCUGUAGACGCCAUUGCAGAAGAUUCUGCAACGAAAGGUAAAGAAGAAGUCAAGGUUUCAAGCACAGUUGCUUCUCCUGUUAUGCCUGAAACUAUCUCACAGGAAAUGAUUCAGGAAGCAAAGACUGCAACCAUUCCUGAGAAGAAACCAAAGAGUGCCGAGUCGCGAGACAGAAAGAUCGAAGAACAGACGAAGGAAGUGUCAGAGACCAAGAAGAAAGAUGAAGACACUGAUAUUGUAGUCAAGGAUAUUACAGACAGAAGAGAACCGACUGUCGAGGUUAAAGAUAGUAUUGUCAUCGAAGAAAAGAAAGAAGAAACAAUUCAAGACGCUAAGAUGAUCAAAGAGAUUCCUAAAACAGCAGAACUUGUGAAAGAAGACACGAAGUCCAAGAAAAUAGAAGUGAAAGAUGAAGAAAAAUUCAAAGAUCCUCAAGAUGUAUCUAAAGGAAAACCAACCACAACUAAAUCCCCAGAUAAACCCACAGAAACACAAACCGAAACGAAAGCAGAAAGUCCUAAGAAAGAAGACGCGAAGUCCAAGAAAACAGAAGUGAAAAAUAAAGAAGAAACAAAGAAAGAACGUCAAGAUGUAUCUGAAAUUGUUACGCGGCGUGUUCUUGUCCGCGGAUAUUCUCGGUUCAGCUCCCCGUGGCAUCAUGCUCGCCGAAUAAAUUCUCUCGCCUCCGUUCUCCAUGGAGUCCGUGCAGGUGCCGCUCGUCCCGCCCGCCCCGACACUCUCGAAAAAUCUCACGGGCACUCCAUCGAGAUUUGCGACGAGGAGGCGCAAGCCGACGAAACGUCCGAGCGAGAUGACGCCACUCUCGACCAAGCGCCCUCCCUUCACUCGUCCCUCGAGACUAGCAUGCCGUCCUUGGCCGACGUUUCCCUGCAAACGGGGCAAAGUUUGCUAGCGAACGAUAUCGUCGAGAAACCGCUGCAGCUGACCAAACAAACGUCCACCAAUCAGGCGGCCGAGUGCCACUCGUUGACCACGCAGACAAUGGACACCAACGAGAACCCCCAAACCCAGGAGACCAUAAAGAUCCUGAAGAAAACGGACGGCGAUCACGAGGUGAUCGAAAUAGCGACCAAGAACGUGCCCUCCACGUCGGGUCAGGAGGUCAUCCAAGAACGGCCGGCGACUCUGCCCGAAGACAUCGUCGUAGACAUGAAGUACAAAGACCCCAAGAACACGGAGACCACCACCAGCGAAUUGAACAUCGUCCACGCCGCCCCUCAGUCCUUCGAGACAGUCCUCGUUGAACCCGACGACGUCACCACCGAGGUGGUCGUGGACGAGGACGGUUCGAAGAGGAUCAUCGUGCGGAAACUGAGGAAAACGACGGUGACCAGCAGGCAAACUACUCAGCAACACCUGUCCUCGAUGUCCACGACGGUAGGGGAUGCCCCUUCCGUGGUGCAGGCCUUUUCAGACGCCACCCUAAGAGACCAACAGGUGACUGUCACCAGGACGAAGCCGAACGGCACCGUGGAGACCACCACGAGGCAGGUCUACGGAGGCAGAGUAGCUACCGGGACACCUUUCCAGGACGUGAACGUCGAAGAGUACGAGUCAGCGCCGAGGUACACGCACAUGGUGACGCAAGGCAACAUCAGGGACGUGAGUCCCCAGCCUCUAGAGGAGGGGAUGCUGCUGGAAGGCGGAGAGCUGCAGGCGAAGACGUCCAGUGUCCACGCAGUGGUGCAGCAGGUGACCAGGCGAGUGGUCAGGAAGACCAGAAGGAUCAUCCGCAAGGUGACCAUCAUCGACGGCAAGGAGACAACCACGGAGGAAGUGAUCGAGGAGCCCGACGAAGUGGAGAUCGACGAGAAGAGCAUACCUCACAUCAGCAUCAACGUGGUGAAGCACGAGGAGCACAGGCAAUUCGGCGCUGACGGCCAGCCAGUGGAAGAGAAGAAGCGAGAAGAGAUUCCAGUGGAAGACAAGGGAAGAAAGGCGGACAAGAGCUUCGAACUGGACGACGUGCCUAUGCAGGGACCAUUCUUUGGAGCGUUCGCUAAGGACAUGCCGCCUACGGACUAUCUAGCGAGGAAGGACACUCUGCUGGGCGCUAAGAAGGAGGGUGUCAUCAUCGAGGAGGUAGUUUCGGAUUCAGAGGUGCAAAGGGAGGAUAUAGGAAGUCCUGGUCGACCCGUGGACGACGAUCGUAGGGAGCGAACGCCGGAGAGUCUUCAGGAAUCGCUGACAGAGAGAACGGAGGAUGACAGGAAAGCGUCGAAGCCGGCUCAGACAGCGGACAAAUACGAGCACGAGCAGUUCACGAUCGAGGUAACGGGUAAAAAGUCUCUUGCCUCGGCUAUCCAGGCGUUCAUCGAUGCUGAAGUAUCCGGUUUCCAGAGUCCGAUGCAAGAGAUCAAAGUGCGAGAGACGCUGGAGGAAUCGGUCGCGUCGCCGAUCGAUUCCAUUGUCUCGGACAUGCUGACCGUCACGAAGGCGACCUGUAAGUCUGUCGAUGCACCCGUAACGAGCGAAACACCCGGUAUCGUGGUAGAUGGUCACGUGGUAGAUGUAGAGCAAAAGCACCAUGACACCCUUGGCACCGUAGACGCUACUGACGAGGCGGUUGUCUCCGUCUUAGACGAGAAGCGUUUGGUCAGAGAGGCUUUCGAGGACGUUGCGCUGGAGGAGGUACAAAGGGAGGUUGCAAUUUCAGGAGGAAGAGCCGAAGAGCCUUCGGAGAAGCCUGAAAUGCCCCGAGCACACCUCGAAGGAUCGACGUUCCCAGACGUCGACGUCGACGACAGGAGCAAACCGGAGGCGAAGAGGACAAUGAUGCCGAUCGACAAACAGCACUUGGUCAAAGCGUCCUUCGACACUGAUCUGGACUUCGAGUGCGUGGACGAAGCCUUGAAGCCGGAGUACAAGCCUAUCUUCCACAAAGUGGAGAUCUCGCUGGCGGUGAAGAAGGAGGGCGAGGAGAUCCAGCCUACGGUGUCCGUGAAGAGCCAAGCUGAGCCGAUUGGCCCACCGUAUCGCAUGGUGAAGGAGGACGUGGACAUCCGUCUGCCAGCGGACAAAGAGACCUCGGUGAUCCACGAUAAGAUCGUUCAGACGUCGCCAAUGUUGUCGCAGCAAGUCGCGACGGAGGAGAAAUCCAUCGGUGCUUCGGAAGAAGUUAUGUCCGACAAGUCUGUCGUCGCAGCGUUAAUAGAGACCUCCGACAAGUCCGUCAUCACUUCUGACAGAGAGUCGCCAUUCGAUAAGCCAGUCGCUGGAGAGACAAAGGAACUUCACCCUGAACCAAUAGAGUACGAAGACGAAGAAAGUUCACAGACGAAGUCGCUGGAGACUAAAUCGAGCAUCUCGCUGAUCUCGAACAUCGCCGACUCGGUGGAGAUCAACGUGCCGCUGUCGGACUCCUCGAAACACGUGAGCGAGACGCCGCAGCCGGACAUCGGGGAGAUGAUGGACUCGCCGGAAUUCGAGUCCACCUUGAAGGACGACACUUCGAAGGGCGAGGACGGUUACCAAGCUGACGACAGAACAUUGAUGUCCACGGCGACGCCCGAAGAUGAGAGCGUGGCGAAGAAGAAGAGGAGGAAGAAGAGGAAAGACAGGAUCAGGGGUCCCAAGGACGAAGAGCAGUCAGAGUUCCCCAAGACCACGACCGACGACGGGGAGUUCAGCGACGACGUAGCUCCGGUGGAGUCCGAGGAUGCGAAGGCCACGAAGAAGAAAAAGAAGAAAAAGAGGAGAGACGAUAAGGUGGAGGCUCCUCCGGUUCCUUCGCUGAACGAAGCGGAUACUCAGACUGCUCCCGAAGGACACGUCUCCGUCGCCACGUCCCCGAGGCAGGAAGAAGUGUCCGAGAUCCACGUGCAGACUUCUCCUCAGCCCGCCGAAGACGCGGUAGCUAAAGUGGAGAGUGUUCACGAGGAAGUGCAAACUUCCCCUCGGCCUGUUGAAGAAGCUGCGGUAGCUAAAGCGGAGGACGUCCACCAGGAAGUGCAAACUUCUCCUCAGCUUCUGGAAGAAAGCGUGGUACUCGAGGUGACGAACGUUCACGAGGAAGUUCAGACUUCUCCUCAACCUGUAGAAGCUGCGGUAGCUAAAGUGGAGGAGGUUCACGAAGGAGUGCAGACUUCUGGAAUACCAGGAGAGUCUCGGGAAACCCAGGUACCCAGAAUAGAAGCAGUUCACGAGGAAGUACAGACUUCCCCUCAGCCGACGGAAGAAACUGUAACAACCGAAGUAGUCGAAGUUCACGAGGGAGUGCAGACUUCCCCGAGAACAUCCGAGGAUUCGAAGGAAACGCAGGUGCCUAGGAUCGAGGAGGUUCACGAGCAAGUGCAGACUUCUCCUAGAGUGCCGGAGGUCUCGAAGGAGACGCAGGUGCCCAAGGUAGAGGAGGUUCACGAGGAAGUGCAGACUCUGCCCAUGGAAGAGCCGAGAGUAGUGAAGGUAAUCGAAGUCCACGAGGAAGUGCAGACUUCUCCGAGAACGCCUCAAGAGGCGAAGGAGACGCAGGUCCCCAAAAUCGAGGAAGUUCACGAAGAAAUUCAGACUUCGCCCAGAGCGCCGGCAGACUCGAAAGAGACACAGGUUCCCAGAAUAGAGGAGGUUCACGCAGAAAUCCAGACUUCACCGCGUGCGCCGGAGGAAUCGAAGGAGACGCAGGUGCCUAAACUGGAGGAGAUUCACGAAGAAGUGCAGACCUCGCCGCGAUUACCGGAGGAAUCGAAGGAAACUCAAGUACCCAAGAUAGAGGAAACCCACGAGGAAGUGCAGACUUCUCCUCGCGCGCCGGAGGACUCGAAAGAGACUCAAGUGCCGAAGAUAGAGGAAAUUCACGAAGAAGUGCAAACCUCUCCGCGGCUCCCGGAAGAAUCGAAGGAGACGCAGGUGCCGAAGAUAGAGGAGGUCCACAUAGAGAUCCAAACGUCCCCGCUGCCUGCUCUGGACUUCAGCACUCAGACCACUCGAGAGGAGACCCCAGAACCCGAGAAGCCAAGCGUCCAACACACCGAGAUGCAGACUUCGCCGAUGUCAGCCGUGGACUUCGCGGUUCAAGCCGUGGAGGUCCCGCAGAUCGAAGAGUCAGGUACCCAGACAUUCACAGCUAAAGUGGAGGAGUACGCUGCCCAGACCAGUCCGAUGGAGGAGCUCGUUCCUCCGGAAACCGAAGAGAUGCAGGUCCAAACGAUGGUUACAGAAGUGGUGUCCAUGGAGGCGCAAACUUCCCCCACAACUCCGCCGAAGGAGACAGAGACGCAAACUAUCGAGAAGACUCUGGUGACCGCGGAACAGCAGACGACGCCUUCACCGGUCGAAGAGAAGGUCCUGACAGCUACCGCUGUCCAAACCAUCACGCCAGAAGGGUUCAAGACCAUCGAAACGGAGGUGCAGACCAGCAAAACGCCCAGUCCGGUGCAGAAGACCACCGUGGACUUCAACAUGCAAGCAGACCUAAUGAAGCAACCAUCCACCGAAGUGGUGGAGACGCAGACUACCCCCGAGGAGAGUCCCAGACCAGCCGAGAUCCAGGAAACGGAGUCCCAGACGAUCUUACCCGAGCCUACCGAAGAGACCAUGACGCAAACCAGUCCAGUCAGCGUCUCGCCGGUCGAAGUGGACGUCUGCGAGCUGUCCGCUCAGACCAGCCUAGAAGAAGCCAAACCAACGAUGGAGGGAGAGUCUCAAACCAGCUCACCGGGUAGGAUAGAGACCCUGGACACUUCGGUGCAGAUAAAGAGCGGCGAGCUGGUGCCACUCGUUGAAGAGAGCACGCAGAUCGUCCCCGAGACCGCCGAAGGCAGCGCACAAACUCAGACAAUCGAAGAGAAGAAGCUGACGACGGUUUCCCAGCAAACUGACGGAGUUCCUGAUGGAGUUCCUGAUGGAGUUCCUGAGGAAGCCAGCGGAGGGAGACCCGUGGAUGACAAAGAUGGAAGCCUGAUGCCGACUGCGCCGAUGGACACAGUGGACGCAUCGAUGCAGAGGACGCCCGCGAGACAUACUGAAAUUCCAGUAGCACCUGAUGCACAAGUACAAGAAUCCGGAGACGACGUCAAACCGGCGCUGAGGCCCGAGUACCUUGACGGAGUCCCGGAACAAGCGAAGACGAAAGAGGAAUCGACACCUGAGAUGUUGACUAAAGACACCAGCGCGGACGCGUCCCUCGAAAUAUGCGUGCAGGCGACCAUCGAGCUGUCGGAGGCCACCGACAGCAGCAAGUUAACCGAUACUCAAACGACAGACACUUCCGUGGACACCACGACUAUAGAGGAACUGAACACCGCCGCGAAGGAGGACAGCAACGCUGCCAAGAGGCAGAAGCGGAAGAGGAGGCACAAGACCAUAGAGAUCUCUUCCACCGGCGACAAGGACCUGGAAUCCAUAUUUGGUCAGCCAAUGGAGACUCCGGACGUUUCUCUGAAACUGUCGUACUCCGACGUUGCCAAGAAGAACGCUGGCAAGGAGAAGUCUCCUCCCGGAGACGGCCGGUUGGAGAAGGUGCUCGAGCAACCGGACGACGUUCCGAAAGCGUUCGUCGAAGAGAGACCAGAGAGGCUCGAAGACGUCCAGAGUACCGCAACCUUCGCCAUCGCGGCAGAGCCAGUCGCAGUCAAGGAGACUCAGGACAUUUGGAGCCUGAGUAAAAAAAUCGACUUGCCGGAGAUUCAGCCAAUCAUCAGCAUGCCAUCGCCGGAGCCCAUGGACACCUCCGAGGAGCCGCUGUCGCCUCUGGAGACAGCGCUCCAAGAGGAAGAACGACCGAAGAUCAGGACGUACGCGGACAUCAUCAGCGAGUCCUCCAAGAAACCCAUCGAGAGGGAGCAGGUUUCAUGGGAGGUGUCCCAGCAGUCCGCUCCCCAAAGAGGAGCCAGCUCCAAGGCGUUCCUCCUGCACGAAGCUAUGGAGUACGAGCCUCCCCAUCAGCUGACUCAGAGCAAUCACAUGGCGAAGGUGAUCUCCGACCGAGUGCAGAGUAUGAGGAACGCGAAGCAACCCAGCCACCUGGGCAACAUCCUGCACAUCGCGCACCUGGACAAAGUGGCCAGCGAGAAGCUGGCGGAGGAGCGUGCCGCUGACAUUCGCAAGGAGCUGUCGCACCUGAGAGACGCCGCGCAAGAGAAGGACUCGCUGGCGGUGGAGGACACUCUGGUGGUCAUCGUGGAGACCAUCUCCACUUGGCUGGAAACGAUCGAGUACAGGAUCUUCCUGAGCAAGGAGUGUCCGUCCGGCCCCUCGCACGACGACAAGACCUACGUCGAGCUCAAGGACGAGGUGGAGAACGUCGAGGAGAACAUACAAGAGCUGAACCACGUGUGGAGGCAGGUCGAGUCCAACUACCCCGGAGAGGACCGUGCCAACCUGCAGGACUGCCUCGACGCUCUGAUGCACCAGGUGAGGAUGAUCGAGGAUGCCACCACUGACGGCGAGAGGUACCUCACCAGCGAACUCGCUAGGUGGGACGAGUUCGUGAACGGAGUGCACAACAUGUACAGAUUGAUCGAGGAGCAGCGAUCUCAGCUGAACGAACUCAUCGAGCUGGAGACGUCCACGCGAUGGAAGCUCCAGGAGCUCGAGAAGCUGGAGAACAUGAACCGCUGCCACAUGUGGAAGACAGCCGACCUGCUCACAGCAGCGCACGAGCUGCUGCGCAAUUAUCCCGGGAAACACAUCCCCGAGGAGACGUACGCCGCUCACGAGACGACCAAGGCGAUCGAGCACGGCAUAUGCAUCGAACGCGAGCGUCUCCUGCAGCUGCUGGCGCUGGCCGAGGAGUACGAGCAGACUCUUCGGGAGUUCGCUCAGAUCACGGAGAUCGCGGAGAACCUGUUGGCCAGUCCGAUCUCCGUGAUGAGUCUGGAGCAUCUUCAGGAAGAGAUGCAGAAGCACAGGAAGUUCUUCGUCAAUUUGAACCACUGUCGAGCGAUCCUGGAGUCGCUGGAGGGCAACCUGGACCCUGAAACUAGGACCAAGUACUCGGACCUUCACGAGGAACUGCACGGCAGAGCUACGGCUCUGUUGGACCAGGCUGCGUCCAGGGCUCAGCAGAUGGCUUUAGCUGCUUCCAGGUGGAUCCUCCUUGAACAGGGCGUCAAGGAGGAAAGGGGAUGGCUGCAGGUCGCUCAUCAGAGAGUCCCCGACCUUCAGACUGUCACCUCGACUGACUACGAUCAGUACAUCUCCUUGUAUCAAUCGCUGGUGACGGACGUGACGACGCAUCACGCCAGGCUUAUUCAGCUGCUGAACGUGGCUCGCAGCCUGCAGGAACUGAUAGACAUCGAGGAUCCCGAGGAUCGAUACGGCGAAGCUUUGGAAGUGAUCGUCAAGCUGCAGGACAACGUGGAGUCGUCUCUGAGGAGAUUGCUGGCGUUCAGAGAGAACUGGUACAACCAGGAAGCCUUGAUGAACCGCGUGGAGAACUGGAUGACGGCCGUUGAGAAGGAAUUAGAGACCAUCCGUGAUCCUUCCGGUGGUCAUAUACGUCAAUUCUGGGAACUGAAGGCCCAAUACGAGGUGCACAACAACAUAAGAGAAGAAGCGAACGCCAGCUUCGAGCAAGCGCUCAGGAUCAUCCCCCUGUCGGACGAGAUGCUGCAACGGCAGUUCCACGGCGAGAUACAGGACCGCUGGAACGACGUGUCGCAGCAGAUCACCAGCAUCCAGGAGGAGGUGACCAAGGACAUCUCCUCCGAGGAGACCUCGUCGACGGACAAGCUGAAGCUGCUCGAGCGGGAGCUGAACGAGUUGCGGCUGACGAUCGACGGUUUCCACGGCGUCCUGAAGACGGAGGAGGAGCUGGACCUGUACAUCGAGCGUCUGUCGGUUCUGUUCAACAGGAUCUCGUUGAUCCAGGACGAGCUGGGUCGUCUAGGCCUGCUGACGGUCGCCGAGAGCGAGAAGGUCAGCCUCCUGUUGCCGUCCGCUCGUCAGAUCGAGUCGCAGAUCACCGAGGAGCUGGACGCCGCGCAGCUGCUGCGCGAGAGGCUUCAGGCGAUCCAGCGGGGCUUCGGCCGCAUCCGCAAAGCCCAUCAACGGCAAUCAGCUGUAUUGGACCAGUGCGAGGGUAGCGAGCAACAGGGGAGCGACGUGGUCGCGGCGGCGGUGGACCGCUGCCAAUCGGUCGCCGACGAGCUGGCUAUUCUGUGGCAAGACAUCAUGGGCCUCAGACAGAUGCUGCACACUCUGCCCACCAUGAUGAUGCGGGUCUCCGUGUCGCCCGUCAGCGUCGAGCGCGACAUCUCGAACCUGCAGGACGCGCACGCCGAGCUGGAGGCGAGGUGCACGCGCCUGCUCGCGCUGCUCAAGAACAGGCUAGCCCUGUGGAGGCGAUUCGAGAGGCAGCUGGAGAUGGUGCAGCAGUCGGUUCAGGAAGCUGACUACAUGAUGGAGCUGCUGACCGUUCAGGGCUCCGUGGACUACGACAGACUCCUCAAGGCCACUGAACGUCUAGAGGGUCUCAGCGGUGAUUUGGGCGCGCGAGAAGUUCUCAUUGGCGAAUUGCGAGAGGCUGCCGAACCUCUGCGGGAGGGUUGCGCUGCAGAGGUCCGCGAGAAGGUCGAGGCGGCGGUAAAUGAGGCCGUACAGGCCUGGGAGGACACCAGGGCCGAAUUAGAUGCCCUUUGCACCAAGUAUCAGCACGCCUGCAGAUUGUGGCAACAGUACAAAGACUCGAGCGCUGCGGUUAAGGCCUGGGUGGACACGCAGAUGGACAGCGUCGCCAACCUGCCACCCGAGGAGGCCGUCAAACACAUCAAGAUUUGCGAGGAAACGAUGGCGGAGCAUAAGGAAAGGCUGGCGGAGCUUCGAGGCCUGGUGGCGCAGAUCGCGUCCGACGUCGGGCUCGACGCGAGUGCACCGUUGCACUGCGAGGUGGAGGCCCUCGGGCAACGUCUCGAAGACAUCCGCGAGACCUUGUCCUGUCUCGCGGACGCGGCGGACGCCCGAGCUCUGAACCAGGAGCUCGCCCGCGGCGAUUUAUGUCAGACGAAAAAUUUCCUGGACUCGGUCCAACAGAGCCUCACCGCAGUGAACCAAGGCGAGUCGAAGGAGCAACUGAACGUCCUGCGUAACCACCUUCUGGCGCUCACGUGCACGGAGCCGCAGCUGCAGUCCAUCAAGGAGCGCAGCCUCGAAGUGGCGGCGCAGGAGCCGUCGGUGGUCGAGGUGCUGCAGCUGUGGCAGAGGGUCUUCAGGGAGACGUUCCAGCAGUACCACCGACUGUCGGCCCGCCUGGUGAAGACGCAGGACGGCGCGACGGCGCUGAAGCUCUGGCAAGAGUACCUGUCGCACGUGCAGGACUUCCUGUCCAAUGGGGUGCCGGGCGACUACAACGGCCUAUCGGAGCACAGGAACCUCUGCGAGGUGCACAGGAACCUUCUGACGGACCAGCAGAACCUGAUCCUCACCGUGCGGACCGAGGAGGGCAGCAACCUCUCGACCACGGAGCAGUUCAACAUCCUGACCAACCUGCACAACGAGACGCUGGCCAAGAUCAUGGAGCGGCACGCGGCGGUGCGCGACAGGUUAGCCGCGUGGGACAAGUACAAGCUGGACCAGAGCAAGCUGCUGUCCUGGCUGAAGGACGCCGAGAGGGAAAGAGGACAGCUGCACCUUCGGUUCAUCCACCUGAGGCGGCUGGAGAAGAUCCUCGAGAGAAUAGAGACUCUGUUGGAGAGGAUGCCGCAGGGCGAGGCUCAGCUGGAGUCCCUCCAGGAGCAACAGGAGUCCCUCCUCGUCAACUGCGACGAAGCGUUGGCGGUGUCCAUACGCAUGGAGCACGCGGCCGACUCGCAGAGGAUAGCCAAUCUGACCGCCGGCCUCGAGACCUGGAGAGACUUCAUCCGCAGGAUACAGAAGCUCCACGCGGAGUACGAGGAGCAAACGAAGAACGUCGGCGCGACGUUCGACGAGAUCAGCCAAGCCCUCAGCACGGCCUUCCACGCGAAGUCCGCCAGCCUGUCGAGGACCAAGGAGCAGCUGGAGUCCGUCCAGCGGCUGCAGACCAGGCUGACCAACAUAGCGCCGGAGUUGGAGUCCCUCGGAGUGAUCACCGAGCAGCUCAGGGAGUGUCUCAGUCCGUCGGACAUGAAGACGCUGAACCAACAGCGGACGCUGCUGUGCCAGCAGCACGGCGACCUGGAGCACCAAGCUGCGCUGCUGGUCUACAGGCUGGACGAACGCUGCAGUCUGUACGACCGAUGGAAGGACAAGCUGGGUAGACUGUCCGCGUGGAUCGCCGAGACGGAGAUCCGCAUCCAGGACUGCGACUCGACGACGCCCAACGAACCGGAGGAGACUCUGAAGAGGCUGGAAUGCGAGCUGCAGGCGGAGAUCGCGUUGAAGCAGCGCGAGCUGUCCUGGUUGCAGAAGACCGGCCAGGAUCUGAUCGAGGCGGCCGAGGACGCCGAGAGGGAGAAGCUGCAGGAGUCGCUGGACGAGGUGAACGAGAGGUGGGACCGUUUGCUGGCGACAGGCAAAGCCAGGGCCACCAAGCUGGUGGACCUGAUGAGGAGGAUGAGCGCCGUAGAGAAGAGGAUCAACGACGUGAAGAGCUGGCUAGCCGGCGUGGAGGCUCAGCUGUCGGAGACGUUCGUCAUCGAGACCGCCUCGCAGAGCUGCGUCGAUAAGAAGCUCGAGGACCACAAGCACCUUCAGAAGACCAUCGAGUCGGAGCACCCGAACAUCAGCGAGGUGCUGACCGUCUGCGAGGCGUUGCUGAAGGAGUGCGACGCCUGGAAGGCGACGUUCAACACCGACCCCAUCAGGACAGGCAUGGAGGGCCUCGAGCGCAGGUGGAUAGCCACCUGCGUCAAGUCCACGGAGAGGAACAGGAACAUCAUGCUCGCGUGGAGCCUGCUGCAGGAUCUGCACAAGUUCAAGGCGGACAACGAGGAGUGGCUGAACGACACCGACCACGCGAUCGUCGAGCUGGAGGAGAACCUGGAGGAGAUCACGCAGGAGGAGUCGGCGAAGGCGAUCAAGAGGGCCAGGGCGAUCGUCGACGACCUCGACAUGAGGGAAAUGAUGGUGAAGCUGGUAGAGGAGAACCUCGGCUGCUUAUCGAGGACUGGCUUGGAGCCAGAUAAUCUCAAGUCGCUUAUCAGCGACGCGAGGCAGCUUAUCGACAAGUGGCUGACGUUCAAGCCGAGAAUCAAUGCCGUGCUGUCGGCGCUCGAGCAGGACGAGACCAAUUAUCGCGAGUUCAUUCUGACGCACCGUAUGGCCGUGUUCGGGCUCACGCAGGUCGACGUGCUGCUCACGAGGAUCCAGCACCUGACCGCGCCGGAGCACAAGGCCUGGGCGCAGCGCAGGCUGCACCAGCUCAACGAGAUCGAGGAGGAGCUGAGGAAGCAGAACAUCACGCUGCAGAAGGCUGACGAGCUCGCCUUGAAGGUGAUGAAGAAGUGCCAUCCCGACGAGGUGGCCAACGUGCAGGAACUCGUGGACGAGUAUCAGCUGCUGUGGAAGGACAUCAAGAGCAGGGUGGCCGCGCUGUGGACGGAAAUCGAGGGACAGGAACAGGGCCGCGAGGUCGACGAGGCUGUGCAGGUCGAGACGCUGAAGUUCGAGCAGGACACCGCCGUUCAGGUCGACACUCUGCCGAGGCUGUUGAGGAUGACGUCCAGCGACGCGUACCUGAUGGAGCUGGAGGCUGCGCUCGGCGAGUGCCACGAGGCUUUGGACACUUUGGAGAUCGCUGUCACUCCGGAUCCAGUCGCUGGGCCUGGCUUGAACGCCGCUGCCAAGAAUGUCAGCAAAUUAAUUGGAAGCUGUCAAUCAUCGAUCGAGCUGGUCCGACAUCUCCACGGUUUGCUGAUCGAGGACGGUAAGCUGAGUCCCGAGGAGGCGAAAGCUAACGAGGUGGAGGCUUUAACGGACAGAUACGAGAACCUUCUCCAACUGGCCAGGACCAGGGAACAACAGAUCAGAGAGCUCAGCGACAACGGCAGAUUGACCUGUCCCCUGUGCUCGCGCCGCAACUGGGCGCAACUGGAGAACGACCUGUGGCGGCUGGAGAUAUGGCUGGAGUUCGCGGAGGGCACGCAGAGCGAGCAACACUCGCCUCCCAACGACAUCGACCAGCUCGAGGACAUCAUACAAGACCACCGAGCGUUCCUGUUGGACCUGGACAGCCACAAGAGCAUUCUGGCCAGCCUUAACACCGUGGGUGCUCAUCUGGCCGAUCACACGGAGGACGCCAGGCGGGCGACACAGCUCAGAGAACGAUUGACCGUCGCGAACGAGAGGUGGGACAAGGUUUGCGCGAUGGCCGCGCGCUGGCAGGAACAGCUGCAGGCCACGCUGAUGUCGAAUCACCAGUUCCACCGGAUCAUUGAGGAGCUGCUCGCCUGGCUGGAGAAAACCGAGAUCAGCAUAAGGGCCAGCGAGCCGGUUGACCUCACCGAAUCGCCGGAAGUUAUGACUGCCAAGUACAAUAAGUUCAAGGAACUGAGAAACAAUCUGGAGCGAUGCGGGCCCCGCGUCCUCUCGCUACAGAAGAUGGCGAACCAGUUGCUGGACGAGAAAGGCGAAACCAGAGCUUGCCUGCUGGAGCUGCGGCUCAGGUUGCAGUCCCUUCGCCGGCUGACAGGAAUAUACGCCCUGAAAUUGGGAGCAGUUCUAGGAAUGGACCCUAGGGAAGCUGGCCUCGUGGCCACGACCUCGUCGCUCGCUUCCCUCUCGCAAGACUUGCUCGACGAAGCUGCCUCUGGGACCGUACAGCCCCGCGACGCACCCGGCACAGAUGGUGACGAUGGCCAACUAACGGUAUUAUCUCGGGGAUACCGUUUCCUGGGCCGAGUGCUGCGCAUCUCCCUGCCGAUCCAAGCGCUGAUGCUGGUGGUCCUCGGCUUCGCCUCGCUGGUCCCGUCCGCCGAAGAAGACUACAGCUGCAUGCUGUCGAACAACCUGGCAAGAAGCUUCACGCCAAGAGUCCUCUACCCGAACGGGCCGCCGCCGAUUUAAUAACAAAGAAAAUCGGCCCGAGACGCAGCGACCUCGCGACACCGAAAAGAUCACUCGGCCGGGGCCCGAGGAGCCGCGCGAAGUGGAAACGCGAGGCCGCGACGGAUCAGCGUACCUAUUUAACUAGUCUGUCGCAUGGCGAUCAUCCUGCUCUGGCAAGCAAUCGAUGAGAAACAGGAGAAAAAAAGUUCAAAGAUGCCGUGUCGGGUCCAGGGAAACGAACCUCCGUCCCGACGUUCCUUUCCUCGGACCACCAGCGAUCGAUCGCCAGCGACGCCAUCUUGUCGCUCCGACUGCCGCGCGUAGAAAACUGCUCUCUCUCGGGAGUUAUUUCCUCGAUCGGACGAAACCGUAAACAAACGUUGACAGAUUCGCGACGUUCGUUUGUAUUUUUGUUUGAUUUGAAAUUGGAUCCCGGUAGAAUUCACGUUAGAAGGAGGUGUCCCGUGGAAAUGAUGGACUUGUUUGGUUCGCGCGCGCGUGUACGUUCGACGGAGGAAGUAACUCUCGCAGAGACGUUGAAACUCGAGGAGCAGCGAGGGUGUUGACAAUGAAUAACGAUUUUUACACGUGUGAUAGAAACCGUUUGUAAUUUAUAAUUAAGCACGUUCUACAUGUACGGACCAAGAGGGACGAUCGCCGGUUCCGUGCCCGAACCGGCCAGCAUCCGUUUUUACUUUAUCGUUCUCUGCGUUGAAUUUCGCGAUCCUCGUGCAAUAAUAAACACUCGCUCGAAACGAAGGUCCACGACGCGACGACCUAGCGCGACACGACGGAUCACCGGUUCCGAGAAUUUUUCUGUUCAGCCCGACAUUCCAUGUAACAUUACGUUCGUUAUUUAUGUACAUCACACCGAGAGAGACACGUACACGUAUACAAACACACACACACACACACACACACACACAGGUUAUUAUACACGGUUACGUA